GCGCGAGGCGGCAGCCGCGGCGGGAGGGCAGGAGGGCGGCGGGGCGGACGGGCUCCUUCCCCGCCAGAGCGAGGGCAGCCGCGGCUCGCAGUAGCAGCAGCAGCAGGGGAAGGGGCAAGGUAAGCGGGCCCCCACCCACCCAUUCAUGCUAGGUUUCUGAGCGCUGUGCAUUUAGGGCUGCGGGAGGCAGGGAGUCUUCCUCUGGAGAAAGGCACUCUGUGCAUGCUCAGAGGCCCUCUUUCUACUGCCCGGUUUCUGCGUGCUCCAGAGCUAUUGACUAUCUGGAGGAAGCCUCUCUAGCUAUGCUCAUAACCGUAGGGGUCAAGACCCCUGGAGAGAGCCCUCUGUGUAUGUUCAGAGGCACACUUCCUUCCUCCUUUUGCCACACAGCUCCAGGGCAGAGUGCUGAGAGAGCCUGGAGAAAGCUGUUCUGUGCAUGCUCAGAGGCAUUUUCUCUGCUUCUCCUUCCCCAAGGCGGAGUACCAACAGAGGCUGGAGAAAGCCUUUCUGCAUAUGCUCAGAGGCGCCCUUCCUUUCCCACAUGCUCUGGGCAGAGUAGUGAGAUCCUGCAAGAAAAGCCCCUCUAGGUAUGCUCAGAGGCACUUCCCCUCUGCCUCACAUUCCCACACGUGCACCUUGGCGGCAUACUGAGAGAGGAUGGACAAAGCUGUUCGGUGCAUGCUCAGAGGCUGUUUUUUUUAUCUCUUCCUUUCCCACUUGCUCCAGGGUUGAGUAUGGAGAAAGUUUGGGGGGGGAAAGGCCCCUCUGCAUAUGCUCAGAGGAACCAUUCCACCCUUUCCCACAUUUUCCAUGGCAGACCGUUGAGAGCAGGGAGGGUCCAUCUGUGGCACUCUACAUAAUGCUAGUAUCAGUUGCUGGGAAUCAUAGAAUCAGAGUUGGAGAGUUGGCAGGAUACCUGAAUGUCAUCUAGUCAAACCCCGUGAAAUGCAGGGAUCUCAACACGCAGUCUCCCAUCCAGUUGGAAACCAUACAGGACCCUGCUUAGCUUUGCAAAUGUGCUAGCAGUUUUGUUGCGGCGGAGUGCUGUUCCCUUCUCAUCCUGCUUCAGGCCUCUAGUCAGCCACUGUGAGAACAGGAUACUGGACUGGCAGGGCUAUUGACACGAUCCAGCAGGUUCAUUUUAUGUUCUUACAUUGGAUUCCAGCUCCCUUAAUCAGCGACCAUUAGCCAUCUGGGGCUGGUGGGAGUUGUAGUUUAACAUUUGGAAAGUCAUAGGUUUGCCUCACUGACUGAGUCUGAACUGAGGAAUCCCCUCUGUAUAUGCUCAGAAGCACAUUCCCCCUGGAGUCCUACAUACUCCAGGACAAGGUAUGCCCCUCGAUGUUCACAGACAGCUGCCUUGUACCAAGUCAAACGAUGGGUCCAUCUAGCAUAGUAUGGUCUACUGGGAACUGCUCUCAAGGGUUUCAAACAGGGUUCCUGCCCCCAUCCCUGGAGAGAGCAGAAAUUGAACCCAGGACCUUCUUCAUUUAACACGCUCCAUUGAGCUUUGGCUCUUCUGACUCGCUAGGUAGCCUUAGACUAAGCUGUUUUCUCUGUCAGCCUCCACCCCCCCACCCCCGUUUGCACUAUAAAUGCUAAUUAUUGUCACAUCAGUAUACCCCAGUGACAUGCUGCUUGGCAGCUCAAUUCUGCGUCUGUUUAACUCAGAACAUGAAUAGGUUCCCGCGGUUUCUACAGGACAUAUUUCCAGUUAAAGAGUACAGUGGUACCUCAGGUUACAUACGCUUCAGGUUACAGACUCCGCUAACCCAGAAAUAGUGCUUCAGGUUAAGAACUUUGCUUCAGGAUGAGAACAGAAAUCGGGCUCCGGUGGCGCAGCGGCAGCAGGAGGCCCCAUUAGCUAAAGUGGUGCUUCAGGUUAAGAACAGUUUCAGGUUAAGUACGGACCUCUGGAACGAAUAAAGUACUUAACCUGAAGUACCACUGUAUACGUAAAACUGCAGCCUCCCAAAAGCCAUCUCACAAAGCCUGCCUUGGUUGUUGAACACCUUGGUACUCGUACAUUUUGGCUCCUGAAGUGAGUGUUCCGCUUUUCGAACUUUUUUUGGAAGCCAAACGUCUGACGGGGCUUCCGCGGCUUCCGGUUGGCUGCAGGAGCUUUGGUUUCCGAACGUUUUGGAAGUCGAACAGACUUCCGGAAUGGAUUCUGUUCGACUUCCAAGGUACGACCGUAUAGCUUUUGCUAAUGAAAUCACCAGAUUAGAGGAUUCCAAAAGACUAUCAGAGACUCGCACAGAUCUCUUGAGGGGAUCCUUUUUUCACCGUUUGAAAACAGGCAAUCGUGGAUGCUUUCAUUGAGAUUCCUGGGUGCGCUUCCACCUCUAAGAUUCUAUGAUGCCACAUAGUGACUAGCUCAUUCUGCAAAGCGGUGAGAAUUUUAUCUCUCCCUGCUUUACCUGACCCGUCAGUUUCUGAUCAGGCACAAAUCCACCACUGGGCUGGAUGUUUUAUUUAUUUAAUGAAGUUAUGCCCCACCCUUUAGUGUCAAGAUAUUUCCAAAGCAGAUUAAUAGUCCCAUCAGUUGAAGACCACAUAUUACGUGCACAUUGAUGUUAGCUUAACAGUUAAGCCACAGCAAACAGCCCUAUUCCCACCCCUCUGGCCUGGCAUGUUUGCACUUGGAACCAUAGAACUAUAGAGUUGGAACAAACCAUGAGCGUCAUCUAGUCCCCCAAUGUAGGAAUUUUUUGUUUGACACGGGACUCAAACUCACAACCCUGAGAGUAAGACUCUUGUACUCUGUUACUGCUGUUUCUCAGGUCUCUCCUUUUAACUAUGAGUCUUCUAUGUAAAUGAAUAAUUAAGGGGGAAAACAUUAACCCACCUGCCCCCAAAAUGUUCUUAAUAGAUUGGAGAAAUGCUAAAAUGGAGAAGAAAAUAGAAGCACUUCAGGAACAAAUGAUGACUAGGUAGGUUGACGCAUAAUAAUUUCCUGGUCGUUCCUGAUUUAUCUUAUCUUAUUUACACCUGUAUGCUAAAUAUGAUGUAGAACUUAAAACCUUACACUUCAAGAUUUCAAAGUUCUGUGGUCUUUUGAUUCUUCAUUACUGCUUAUCUCAUAAAGAAACACCAGGCCUAGACUGCUCAGGCAGCAACUAUAUUGAACAGGAAUGGCCACCUUGUUUGUUUGUUUACAAAAAUAUUUAUAUACCACUAUGUCAUUUAAAAAAAUCAAAGCUAUUUAUAACAAUAAAACAGUACCAAGAAAACCAUAUUAAAAAGUUAAAAACAGACAUCACUUAAUCAUUUGUGGUAAAACAUAAUAAACCUGUUCUUAGCCAUACCAUGACGCUUGACACUGAUGAGUUAACGAUUUCGUUUAUUAGGCAAACCAUGAAGCGGUAGUGCAACUUACUGCUUUUAAUGAAGAGUGCACCCCUAAUUGACCUACAUUUCUUAUUGAAAUUACUUUUCAGGCCUGGUCAAAGCAGUAGAGGUGUCUUUUGUUUAAAACCUUUAGCAUGCAUAACCUUUCCAAUUAGAAAAUGUUACGAUCUGGAAACUGCACUGUAAAACUCACCCCUGACGAAAGACUAUUGUUGGGAAAGCUUUUUUAAAAUCAUUACCUAAUUAGAGUAGUUCGGAACCCUUAUGUAAACAGAAUAGGAUUACUGUAUCAUGAAGAGGACACUUUUUAAAAGUAAAAAUAAAAAAAUUCUGCAGAAGUGAUGUCAUCAACCUGCUUGAGAUUUCUUUGGGCUCAGCUAUACACAAUUAAGAUGUUUUAAGUGUGUUGUAAAGUACAUUAUACAAACAUGACACUAGAUGGCGAUGGUGACCUAUGGCAAAUUCAAUAUAUUUUUUCAAAACUUUUUUGUAAAAAAACAUUUUCACAACGUUUUUUAUAUGUGUCUAUAUUCCACCUUUGUCUUUUUGACAUUUUGAUUGCAAUGUUUAUCAGCAGCACGGCAUGAAGCUAUGCGUGUUGAUUUAGCCCUGCUGAGACUUACUCUGAUGUAAGUGUUCGUGGGAUUGCAGUUUUAAAGUGAUUCAAUACAAUUAAUUUCCCAGAGUCAAAGAUUGGGCUGGUUAUUUGCAAAUCAGCAUGUGAAAACAUCGUUUCUUACCUUUGCAGUUCCUGAUCAUUCAAAACUCAUUCUCUCUCUCAAUCUAGGGCAAUGGUUGGAGGAGGGCGGUUAGAUGAGGAGGGUGGGGAGUUUGUCGGGGAGGAAGCAGAGGUGGCAAAAAAGUGAUGUUUUAGGGGAACCAAAGAUACUUUCUUGCCCAAGUGCCCACAAAAACCUGGAGCAAACUAGUCACUUUGGUGGGGAAAUUAACAAACCAUCUAAUCAUCUUUGUUCAAAGGAACAAAUAUAAAGAUUCUUUUCUGGCAUAGUAGCACUGUUUCAUUGUUCAUGCAAGUGAAGAUUAAAUGCAAAUAUGCCUGUCGGCAGCACACCAAACUUUCUGUCUGCUAUGAACAUCACAGACUUGACUGUCGAUACUUCCUCUCUCUCUCUUUUCAUUUGGUUUUCUGUUUGCAUUUUCAAAAACAGGAACAGAGAGCAUCUUUAACCCCCUUCCUUCCCCCUCCCCCUGUCCUACCUACAACUUGGUACCAAAUACAGCAUGUAUACAUAUACCAUAUGACUUCACUUCCACCCUUUUCCUGGUUCCUUUGCUUUUCUACUACUCCGGGUAAUCCACAUCUUUUUAAUCAUUCAAUUUGUUGUCUAUUAAAAGCUCUUUUAUCUAUUUCAACUCUGCUGGAUUUACUCGAGACCUGCUAAGCUGUGUAUUUGUUUAUACUGGUUCUUAAAAUAUUCAAUAAACAUCCAUUCCUCCUUAUAUUCCUUAUCUUCAUUUUCACUUAUCUUGUUCGUCAGACCAGCCAGUUCAGCAUAUUCGAACAUUUUACACUGCCAUUCUUCCUUAGUGGGUACUAUACUUGUUCUCCACCUUUGUGCCAGUAAGGUUCUAGCUGCUGCGGUGGCAUAUAAUCAUAAACCCUUUUGUGUGUGUGUGUGUUUUUUUGGGGGGUUACAUUGUUACCAUCCCCAAGAGGAAGUUUCCCCCUCCCUUAAAAAAAGAUUUCGAAACCAAAAAAAAUACAAACAUCAAAUUCAAAAUCCAUAUUCAUUUCCUAACAUAAGCCUAUUACAUAGAUUACCUAAAUUAAAAUAUAUCUAAUUGCUCUAGGCUGAGGAAAAUCUCAGGGGGGUUUUGGGAAAGUUUUUUUUAAGUAUCCUUUUUAAUUCAUUAUAUAUAGUUUCCCAAAUUUCCUUAAUUAUUUUACAGGGCCACCACGUGUGAAGAAAGAUCCCUCAUUUUCAUCACACUUCCAACAUACACCUUUUUCUUUGAAUGUCGAUAUUUCCUGAUGGCUUACGCUGACAGAUUAGUGUCUUUGGUUGGUUGGUUUGGUUUGGUUUGUUUGUUUGUUUGUUUUUAGCAACUCUCCAGGUCUCAUGCAGAGAUCUUUCACAUCACCUGCUACCAGAUAUCUUUUAAACUGUAGAUGCCUGGUUACCAGACGUCCCCGUUUCCCGGGGACAGUCCCCGGAUUUACAAAUCUGUCCCCGGACAAAAUCCGUCCCCAGAAUGUCCCCGGAUUUCAUUUAAUGUCCCCGGAUUUAUAUUUUAAAUGUUGUAUAUUUAUUAGUAGGGAAUGAAUGUUCCGUGAUUGGUUCAACGGCACAAGACACAUCAUAUGGGGACUUCCGGCAAGGCAAAAUGGCAGGCGCCAAGGCAGCGGGCAGCUCCUGAAGCCAGCCAGAGCCAGCUGCGCCACCAGGCUGGCUGCUGAGACUGCCACUGCCAAGGGGGAACCAGGGACACCCGGUGCAUCAACUGGGGGAACCGCUGACACACACACACCCCGCGACCCAAAUUGAGCCGGGAGCAAGAGCGCUCUGUCACCUGGCCGACUGCCCAGCGGCGCUCUGGGGCCAGUAAAAACCCCGGAACCGACGCAGGGAGAAGGAGGAGAGGAGAAGGAAGAGAGAGAAAGAGGAAGGAGAAAAAAGAGAGGACCCCCGACCUUGCCGCGCCACUGCUGCUGAGGAGGAGAGGUAGGAGAGCACCGGGAGGGCAAGGACAUGUGGCCGAGCCCAGGCCCAACCCAAGCCUACUCCACAGCAGCUAGCGCUCCAAGAGAGCAGGCUGGGGCCCGGAGGAAAGCCAUGCGACAGAGGAGACUACAGAAGGGAAGAGAUUACUUCUUAUUUUUUUUAAAAAAAUAAUUUUUUGAAAUAACUUUUUCUCUUUAAAAAAAAAAAGUGUCCCUGGAUUCUUUGAAAAAAAUCUGGUAACUAUAAUUUGGUACCUUUCAGAGAAGGCUAGGCAUAUACUUUCCCUACAUUGCCUCCUCUCGUUUCACUGGACCACUCCCUCUUAAUGCUCUCCUUCCCUGGCCUAUCCAGCCUCAGUUCACCUGCCUACUGCAUCCUCCCUCCCUAAGCCUCUCCUCCUGUCACUACUUUCCCUGUGGCUCUUCUGCCCGCCCUGCUCCUAUUCCUUUGUACAACCUGAGCAGCUCAACCAGUAAGAACACCCAGACCCCUUUCUGCCCCUCUUGCCCCUCUUUAACCUUAAGGCAGCUUAGUUCAAUCACUGCCAGAGGCUUCAGCAUCACAACAAAGGGCAAAGCUGCCCAUCCCUUCCUAACCUGUUGCCACUUGCAAGAACCCAUUGCUCACAUAUAAAAGCUAAAGGAAUACGGGUGAAAAGGCAGGAAUUAUGUCAGUGAUAUGGCAAUUUCCUGCAGCAAUCCACGGCCACCUUCAUUCCUGGCCUCUGGAGCAGUUUCCUUUGUGAGAAAGCUACUCCACAGGGGUAUGAAAGCAACUGUAGGUUCGACAGCAUAGUUUUAGCAAAUUGCAUGUUCUCCUAGCAGGGCUGCUUCUUCUUUCCCCUCUUUCCUAGCAUACUCAACUGCUUUAAUUCAUUCCAUUUUGUGCUGUCACAUUUCCACAGCAGGUCUUGUCCGCACACAGCUUGCUGUCUGACCCGGUGAGCAAACAGAGCCCCGCUGUGACUGUUGAAAGCACAGUUCAGGAUCCCUGACAGAGAGGAUGCCAAGGAGAUUUGGCACUGGGGCCUGCAGCCCUGUUUAACUCUGCUCUUAAUUGCAGCGUUCCCAGGCAGAUGAUGUGAGGGCUGUUGAUCUGGAGGCCCCAUCAAAACACAAGGCGGGUUGCAGGCAGGUUGAGAGAGGUGAAUCUGGUCAGGCAAAAGGACCAGCACUUGGGCACAUGCAAGCUGACAUGUGUCUCUUUUCUAAAGACAAUUUUUGGGGGGACACAUCUGGAGCGUUUACAGGGCCGGAUAAAACCUUGUUCACCAUAUGGCAUCUAAUAACCACUUAAUAGGCAUUUCCUUUCUAUCCACUGUAGGGGUGGCAGAGAAGUUCCACAUAUACCAGUGGCACACAGUCAGUGGACUAGGGGGACUAAGCAAGUUCCUUAAAUAGGGGUAAAUUAGAGUAAAUUAAUGUAUUAAAGUCUGGUGCCUCCUUCCCAAAGCCUGGGGAGCUUCUGCCUGGCUUAGGGAGGGAGGUGUGAUGCUCCAAAGGGGUCCAGGUGCCUUCCCAAAUACCACCUGGCUUUAGGAAAGAGGCAGCCAGGCUCCAGCAUCCUAUCAGUGAAGACCUUACUUGGAAAAUAUAUACAACCCAAGUGGUUAAGAAAGCCCAACAGAGACUCCAUCUCCUCAGAGUAUUGCGGAAGAACUAUGUCAAUCAACAUUUGAUGAUCUCCUUCUACCGGUCAACAAUAGAAAGUGUCCUUUCAUACUGCAUCACGGUGUGGUACGCUGGUUUGACAUCAUCUGAUAGGAAGUGCCUACAGAGGGUGGCGAAUACAGCACAAGAUAUUAUGGGCUGUCCUGUGAAUCCGCUGGAUGAAAUAGCAGAAGAACGUUGCCUCAGGAGAGUGAGGAGAAUUCUCAGGGAUGAUUCACACCCUGGCCAGCACUUUCUUGAUCUCCCUGCCCUCAGGCAGAAGAUAUAGAAGCAUGAUUAGUUGCACCUACAGGGUAAAGAACAGCUUCUAUCCGUGGGCUGUUAGGCUGCUGAAUGAAAAGAUAACAACAGGGCAACUGACUUUUGGGUUUGGUGGGCGUGCGUCAGUAAACGAGGGGAAUUAAGACUAAGAGAGCUGAAUGGGGGGUGCGCGAGUAAUCUCACUGUAUACAAGUUGUACAAGUGACAAUAAAGUAUUUCAAUUUCAAUUUAUUUCAGUUUCAAUCAGAGCCCUGGCACCUCCUUCCCAAACCCCAGGGAGCUUAUGUCCAGUUUAGAGAGGGAGGCAAAAUGCUCACAUAUCAAUCCAAUCGCCCUCACAAGCCGGCCCUCUGGCCCUAACUGUUCCCUUACAAAAAAAAUUUGCUGCACUCCUCUGACAUAUUCCCUCUUCUGCCAAGCUGUCUUGGUAAUGCCAGCAAGAAGAAUGGAGCGAAAGGAGUCUGUAGCCCAACCAGUGUGUGGUGGGACAGGGUGUUUUUUUGAUAGGGCCAUGACUCACAUGGGCAGGUUCAUUUUUGAGCUGCUGCUCUUUAUGUUUCUCACCAGGUGGGUAGCUAGGACGAGGCACUGUAAUACAUUGCGUUUGCACCACGAUAGCAAGUGUUGAUGUAAAUGAUAGGCCACAGUUAGAGCAAGCCAGGAUUCAUAAAACAACUUCAAAUCUAAGAUCCUGGUUUUACAGCCUCCAACAAACCAUAGCUUGUGAGAGGGCCUAGGUUCCGAUAUACAACCAAACCAUAGGGUGAUAUUCAACUUAAAUUUUACUUAGAGUAGGUCUGUUGAAAUGAAUUCACCUAUCUUAGGCGUGUUCAUUAAUUUUAAGGGGUUUUACUAGGAGUAAAAUUUAGUAGGAUAUCCAUUGGUAGUUCAGCUAAACAAAUGACAGUUUAGUGUUACAUCCAAACUGGACCAAGGAAACAUUGACUAAGGAAAAAAACACAUUAAAAUAAGCCAUUCGGUAAAACCAUUAAAAUAAGCCAUUCAGUUAUUCUCAAGUCGAAUAUGAGCUCACUGGAGGGAAAAAAUAGCCUGAAGAAUAAUAUUUCAAUCUGUUCUAUGCAGUACAUUUAAAAAGACCUCUUUUGUUGUUGUUUUUAGAUCCGUCCCUUGCAAUGUUGAGCUUCAAGAAUUAAUGCAUCAGAUUGAUAUCAUGGUAAACAACAAGAAACGAGAAUGGGAAAAGAAAUUGCAGGCUUUAGAAGCACGAAUGACUGUCCGGGAUCAAGAAUUGGCAAGUGCCCAAAGCAGGUUGGAUCAGAAAGGUCUAGAGGUAUGGGACGCCUUCUGUUUUGUGAAUGAAGCAUUGACCUGGAGGUACUACUUAAUUGUUCACUUUAUUAACAUACAUGCACUUAUCAACAGCUCUAAUCCUGUACCCAGCCAUGAACAUUUGAGUACACAUAAUUCUCCCCACCCCCAUCCCAGACCCUCUGUGAAUGGUGAGAUCAGAAUUGAGUUUCUAACUCUUUUGCACUGUCUUGGGUAUAUGUGUAGAAUGUAAUGGCUCGGCUGGGAUAUACGACACUGGUUUGAAGCUGGGAAUUCCCUAACUUGCAAAAUCCAAUCCAUAUCUGAAAGAGUAAUAUGCCUGAGAUCUGUUCACUGCAUAUAGAUUUAGCUGAGAGGAAUUAGGUGUCUACAGAUGUAACAUACAUGUGUUUGUAUUAUGUAUUAUAUGUCAGUUCCCAACAUUUUGCCACUCUGGUAUGACCAGGAACCCAGGAUGGGGUGACGCAACUGGCUGUUGUGGUGAGGGCAAAAGUUGCCCUCUAUCCUGACUCGGAUGGUCUAGUCCUUGCAGACUAGAAUCCUGCCAGGGAGUGCAGUGUGUCUAUUUGCAAAGUGCACCAAGAUCAAUUGAAACCCUGGCAGCAGUGCUUUUUGCGGGGUGGUACUCACUGGCAUAGGGAACGCGGGUGGCGCUGUGGGCUAAACCACAGAGCCUAGGACUUGCCGAUCAGAAGGUCGGCGGUUCGAAUCCCCGCGACAGGGUGAGCUCCUGUUGCUCGGUCCCUGCUCCUGCCAACCUAGCAGUUCGAAAGCACGUCAAAGUGCAAGUAGAUAAAUAGGUACCGCUCCGGCGGGAAGGUAAACGGCGUUUCCGUGCGCUGCUCUGGUUCGCCAGAACUUAGUCAUGCUGGUCACAUGACCCAGAAGCUGUACGCCAGCUCCCUCAGCCAAUAAAGCGAGAUGAGCACCGCAACCCCAGAGUCGGCCAUGACUGGAACUAACAGUCAGGGGUCCCUUUACCUUUUUACUCACUGGCACAGAGUACCAUCGUCUCAUUAUUUUGCUGCCAGCUAGAUACCAGUACCUUAUUUUAUUUUACUUUAUUUUUUUACCAAAAAAGCAAUGGCAAUGGGUAUUUGCAACGCAUAGACAUUCCCUUUGCAGCUAUCCCACUAUGACCCACCAUCCUGGACAAGUCACCCAAUUUAUAAUAAACUGUGAAAAACUACCUACCUUGUACCUGAAAUCAAGCCGACAUCUGCCCCAGCCGUAAAGUUUUACAAAGGAGUUAAGCCCACAUUUAUAUCUAACCAUUGCAAUAAUGCAUUAAAUGUAUUGGGGUAGCUUUUUCACCAGUUUCUCCUUUCACUCACCUCGCCUUCAGAUGUAUUAAUCAGUACUCUUUUGUAUGAAACCCAGAAGGAGCAAUUGCUUCCUUUCUAAGCUUGGUUCAGAGAAAGUAAGUAUGCUGCUACACUAGGUAUUUGUUCUAGAAUUUUGUUCGUUUGCCACCCAUUGUUUGUUCUUUGUAUGGGGUGCCUAUCAAAUCGUUCUCCUGCCUUUCCCCCAUACUUAUCCCAUUUCUUUUGAGAACUCAACAUACCUGAGCAGCACCAUAUCUGCAGGUGCCCAUUGCCUUUAAAUUUCUCUUUGAAGAUGCACUCGUAUUUUCCUGGUGAUGCUCUGCAGAAAAUCCAACAUCACAUGGAAGAUCCAUUCUGUUGGCUUGGAGGGCUCCUGUCUCCUGAUCAAAAUGGAGCCAUCUCCAGCUGGGAUGUCCAUUGCUGUCCUUGCAAAUCUGCCAUCUGGGAAGGGCAUUUAAAGGCAGCAGCAGCAGAAUGUUCCAAAUUAGGAGGGGUGGCUUGUUCCUACUCCUAACAAAAUAUAUUGUUUUGAAGUGCACAGCUGUUAUGUACUGAGUUGAAUAGGAUCCAAACUGCAGCAGUCUGAUUGGUCCUAGAACAAUAGGAUCCAAAAGGCAGCAGUCUGAUUGGUCCUAGAACAAUAGGAUUCAGAAUGCAGCAGUCUGAUUGGUCCUAGAACAAUGCAGCAGUAUGAUUGGUUGGCAGGAACCACCCAAUCCUGCUCCAGAUAGAAGUGAAUCCACAACCUGAUUGGCUUACAGUAGAAUUCCAGAAUUAGCCAAUCAUGUGCAGCCCAUUGUGUAAAUAAUGUAUAUAAAGCAGAUACUGUGAGGGAACAUUCAUUCAUUCCUCCUCACCACUAUGAGCUGAAUAAAGAGCAUGAAAUCACUUUGCGACUCUGAGUAUAUUUCAACAGCUAUUACAGCAUGGCUUUUGAAUUGUGCUAUGUGUACCCAUGUGAUACCCAAGGAUUUGACAUGCACUUCAUUCAUGUCUACAUAUAUUAGCUCUAGUUCAGAACUUCCUAGGCACUCUUUAAGGCCAAACAAUUGCAUGAAUGUUUUUAUAGUAGAAGCCUCUGGAGAGGCAGGCAGGAUCAGGGCCAAUAGGAUGGAGGGGGGGAGCUUAACCCUUUCUGCUCUGACAUAGCCCUGACGAAAAUCCCCUUGCCCCAAGAUCCUGUUUUCAUUACAAGCAAAAUUAGUAGCAUUUUUAUAGUCUCAUAAAGACAAGAAAUAAAAUACAUUUACUAGAUUGUGAGAACCCUCUUAGAUUAGGAUAAUCUCAGCUGCACUCUUAUAUGGUCUCAAUCUAUCACCGUGUGCCUUUCAGACACAGACUUCAAAACCACUUAUUUUGAUUUAGUCUCUUAGGCUGAGGUCAGGCAGCUUCAGAACAUAAUGUAACGACUUGAGCUAUAAUCAAAUGCAAAAGGUUUGUAGGGGGAAAGUGAAACUUUUCAGAAGAUUCAUAGAUUUCCUUUUAUGAUCAAAUUGUCGUAAAAUUCUCGCAGUCCAACAAAAAUGGAUCAGAACAUGCAUCUGGGUAGGCUUGCCAAAACAAAAAUGUUUUUAGCACGUGAAAUGGGUAUUAUGUGGUGCCUCUAACUUGCAAUUUAUGUUAAUAGCAUGAUGUUUGUUAUUUUUAUAGCAGUGAUAUCUUUAUGCUUUUAAAAAUUCCUUUGGCUUUUGGAACUCUUUUGAUGCCCAAGAUUCAUGUCCACUUCAAUGCAGGUUGGGCUACUGAGGCAGAAACUGGACAGUUUGCAAAAGACAAAAUAUGAGAUGGCUCAGAACUAUGACACGCAGCUUCAAGCCCUGAAGAAUCAAGUAAGGAAGGGGAAAUCUCAUUCCUAUUUUACAGUUCAUAAUAUUUCAAGCUAGGUUUAGUAGAUUGCGGGCUGCUUUGUUACUAGCUCAAUGACUGCCUAUAUUGUGAUGUACUGAGUCAGGUGGCGGCUGAUCUUUCUCGCCCUGAGGGUCCAGUUCAUCCUCGCCAAACCCGCCAGGGCCCAGGGGCUGAUAAGCCUUCCCAUUCCCUCAUGUGUGCAAACACAGGAUAUACACAGAGAGAGGAUGUGUGCAUACACAUGCAUAUAGGCACACUGUCUGUGUUCUCCUGCUACUUGCACCAACCCUAGUGGAGUUUUCAACAAGUGACACAUUUAUGCAGCUUAGUGCAGCCCCCACCCCACACAAGUGUCAGGCUUAAAACUUAUAACAAAGGUGACUUUUUUUUAUUUUAAAGAAGCAGCUUUUGUUGUUGUUGCAAGAACACCUGGUAUUUGUCCCAGCCCGACCGACCGCCCCCCCCCGACUUUAUAAUGGUCAUGGGACCAUAAAAAGAUUUCUGCAGGAUCAAACCACAUGCUUAUGGGAAACCUGCAAGCAGAACAUGAAUUCAACAGCCCUCCCAAAAUUCUGAGCGAGCUCACCUUGAACAAUAAAUUUGGAUAGCCGCUGUUUGGUGUUUCAUGAACCCAGUGUCACCUUUCCCCCCACGCUGUAUCCCUUAUCCUGCCACAAUUUUCAUUUUAACCAAGUUCUUUUCUCGACGACAUUUUUCAAGUAUGUACAUCGGGGCAGCCCAACUUUUCAUACCAAAAAGAGUGCUUUGACACGAAACCCGUGGGCCGUGCACUGUCUUGCCGUGUGGGGUGGGGAGGGAGCAAGGACAGAAUUUGAGGCCCAUCUCUCAGGCCUCCCACUGCCUUCCCUAAGCUGGCUAAGCAAGGUGCCAGGCCUUGGAAAGGAGGUGCGAGGCUCCGGCAGAGUCCCAGAGCUCUCCCACCUUCUUCCCAAAGCUGGGGAAGUGCUCACUAGGCUUUGGGAAGGCGGCAGGUUCCAAUCCAGGAUCCGGUCAGAGCCCUCAUGCCUCCUUCCCAAAGCCCAGUGUCUCGCUCACCCGGCUUUGGAAAAGCAGUGCAAUGGCUGAAGGGGGCAUCAAAUGUGGAAGAGGGGCACCCAAAAAGGCCUUGAGGGCCGCAUGUGGCCCUCAGGCCAUGCAUUGGACCACCCUGACAGGCCCCAAUCACGAUAAGGGCACAUUGGCAUUUAGCACGUCUGAUUAUUGUCUGUUGAUAGAGUUGCCAUGGGGAGGGGUAUCGCUCUGGAUUGGGACCAUGGUGUGCAGGGAGUGCCCACCCAACCCCCACUCCAUGCUGUCAUCCCAGUGAAAAUCAGCUUGCCUUGAAGCUGCUAAUUAUAAACAAAGGUAAAGGAUCCAUGGAUGGCUAAGUCCAGACUAUGGGGUUGCGGCACUCAUCUCGCUUUCAGGCCCAGGGAGCCAGCAUUUAUCCACAGACAGCUUUCCGGGUCAUGUGACCAGCAUGACUAAACCGCUUCUGGCGCAACAUAACACUGUGACGGAAACCAGAGCAUGCGGAAACACCAUUUACCUUCCCACUGGGCUUCCCCCCGUCAGCCCCAAAGAGCAGGUCGAAAGGAACCUGAAGCCUGGAGAGCGAGAGGGGUUGGUGCGCACCGACCCCUCUCGCUCUCCAGGCUUCCAACGUAGCCACCUGAAGGCAGCUGAACGCACCUUGAACGGCACCUUGUUUUAGAGGGGGAAAACAAGGGGGGGAAAUUCUCCCCCUCUCUGCGCAGCGCCUCCUGCCGCUUCGCUGAAGGGGCGCUGGGCAGAGAGAGGGAGAUUUUCUUUUUCUUGUUCUCCCCCCUCUAAAACAACGUGCGUCCUAUGGUCCGGUGCGUCCUAUAGAGCGAAAAAUACGGUAGUUAACCCCGCUGUCUAACUCUGAAGAACCAUUAAAGCACCAACACAAGAUGGCGCUACACUGAUGCAAAACACUUCCUACAAAACCAGGCAAGAAAUCCGUGUACAUCAGAGCUUUCCAAACUUAUUAUGUUGGGCACACGCUUUUUAGACAUGCAUUGUUUUGCGACACAGUAAAUCAGUUUUACUAGCAAGCCACAGGUUAAACUAGCCCCUUUCCAGCUCUGGGAGGAGCAGGGGGAGCGUUCACACAACACACCUACACACUGCAGCCGAUGCACUAACGUGUCAUGACGCAGAUUUUGGGAAGCUCUACUCUACAUGGUAGUAUGAAACAAAUAUCCAGGCAAUCUGUGUUUAAAAGUGCAGUUAAUUAACAUCACAGGUUGUAUGAAAGCACUGGCUUGUUCACCCUUAACUGUUUAGUUGUAAUAGCUGGUACAGGUGGCUCUCAAUUUCUGCUGGGAUUGCAUUCCUGGGAUAGCACCAUAAAGCCAAAAUCAAAUAUAAUCGAAAUGUAUUGGGUUCAAUGGGGGGUGGGAUUGCCAAAGACUUUCUUCCUGGUUGCCCCCUUCCUUUCUGCCUCCCUAUUUUCUUUAAUUUGCCAAGUGCAUAAAGCUGAAUGCGCACCAGUUAAAUGCACGUUAAGUUGCUGUACUUGAAUGCACGUAAGUUAACUGUACUUUUUUUAAUGGAAAAAAAAAAACCCCAGCAACCCAGAUUAGAUGGCUGUUUAGAUCAUUUAAGCUUAACUGCCUUUGCCAAUUACACCUCCAAAACCGAGGCAAAAAAAUAAGGCGUUUGUGACGUUCAUUCCUCUUCCAGUUUGCCAAGCUGACACAAAGCUACGAAAAGCUACAGCUGCACCAAUUAAAACAAAAAAAAGCUCACAGCUUGGAGAAAUGUACAGAAAACCAAGAAGCCCCAUUUCAGCUGAGCAGUUUGAACCAGAAAUUGGAGGUCAGUUCCUGUAUUAAAAGGAGCGUCUUUCUUCUUCUUCUUCUUCUUCUUCUUCUUCUUCUUCUUCUUCUUCUUCUUCGAUUUCCAAAAGUAUGCCUUGUGACCACAGGAUUCUUCUCAGUUGUGUCCCUCUGCACUACCACCACCUCUGUUGUGGGGGGAGGGGGGGAGACCCCUGAGGGCCAGUCUUAGCCCAUAAUAGGUUCCCAUUGGACCUACAAGGCCAUUUUCUCCCAACCAGGCCUACCUGUAUCAUCACUGGGCAAUGUCAGCAGAUGGGCAGGGCUGCCAGGUUCAAUCCUGCCAAGAGCAGGGUUGGGACUGUUCCUUGCCGCCAGGGUGGUAUUUGGGUGGAAUCUAAGAGUUGGAAGGGACCCCAAGAGUCAUCUAGUCCAACCCCCUGCAAUGCAGGAAUCUCAACUAAAGCAUCCAUGGCAGAUAACCAUCCAACCUGUGUUUAAAAACCUCCAAGGAAGGAAAGUCCACAACCUCCCGAGGGGGAGGCUAUUCCACUGUUGGAGCAGCUCUUACUGUCAGAAAGUUCUUCCUGAUGUUUCGUCGGAAUCUCCUUUAUUGUACCUCCCCCCCACCCUUUGCCCAUCUUUAAAGGUAAAGGUAAAGGGACCCCUGACCAUUAGGUCCAGUCGUGGCCGACUCUGGGGUUGCGGCGCUCAACUCGCUUUACUGGCCAAGGGAGCCGGUGUACAGCUUCUGGGUCAUGUGGCCAGCAUGACUAAGCCGCUUCUGGCGAACCAGAGCAGCACACGGAAAUGCCAUUUACCUUCCCGCCGGAGCGGUACCUAUUUAUCUACUUGCACUUUGACGUGCUUUCGAACUGCUAGGUUGGCAGGAGCAGGGACCGAGCAACGGGAGCUCACCCCGUCGCGGGGAUUCGAACCGCCGACCUUCUGAUCGGCAAGUCCUAGGCUCUGUGGUUUAACCCACAGCGCCACCCACGUCCCUUGCCCGUCUUUAGAACUGUGCAAAAAGCUGCUUAGCCCCUUUUUCUCAGGAGCAGAAGCUCAACCAAUGUACACACCACAAGGAAUAUACUUCUGCUCUCUGGGGGGAAACAACAUCAUCAUCAUUUGUCUCCAACUGUAGUUUGUCACAAGAGGCUAUAAAUACCCUGGCUAUAGGGAAUUUUUUGGUGCAUAGUGUUCUUCAGAUAUAGGGGAAUAUUUACUGGCACUAGCUACGAUUCUAAACACAUGCUUUUUGUGACCAUUUCUUACUGAAGUGGUGUGCGCAUUGCCACCUAAUUGCCAAUUUACUGCUGGCUUUUUCUCUGGAUCUGGCCUUGUCACUGUAGAACCUACAUUUUUGCCGCCAGGAAUUUACUGCCGCUUUCCCAGGGCUUCCUCCGAAAGAGAGUGCUUUUGGAACAGAGGGCAGCUACUUCAGCUGUCCUGGGCUGAAACAGCUGAGUUAGGCAGCUUUCUCCUUUGCUCAAUACAGAGUAAACACGGUAUUUUCUUCUUAGUAUGAAAGCAAAGCAAAGAAGAGCAGCAGUUGUUUAUUCCCUUCCGAAGCAGACAUGGAAAAGUAUAGAAGGGGAAGAACCUCAUGGCGGGAAUAUGCUACUGCCGUUUGAAGGCACACAUUCAUAAAUGCCCCAGGUUUCAUGGGACAUUGUCCUAGGUUGUAAAGACUGCGGAGAGAAUAAUUGGGUGCACUCUUCCCACCUUGGAUCAAAUCUAUGCUUCCAGGUGCCAUAAGAAAGCUGCAGAGAUAGUGCAGGAUAGUGCGCACCCCGGAAAUGAUCUCUUUCAGCUUCUGCCUUCUGGAAGAAGGUACAGGGUUAUAAAGACUAGGACUAGCCGCCUGUGAAACAGUUUCUAUCCAAAUGCGAUUUUGAUUUUAAACGCAGUGUAAGGAGUCUCUAUGGGAGUAUAUUGUAUUUAAAAAUGGGGUAUCAUAGUUUUUAGGGGGCUAACCAGGCUGGGAUAGCUGGGAUAGCAGGCUUGUUGGUUUUUUAAUGUCAUGUAGAUUUUUUUUCAAUUUCGUUGUUCUGUAUGGGACAACGACAAUAAAGAGUAUCGUAUCGUAACGUGAGAAUAUAAAAAGAGCCCUGCUAGAUCAGUCCAAAGGUCCAUCUUAGUCUUUUUCCAACGUUGACUAGCCAGGUGGGAUGCUUAUGAAGGCAGCAGUCCUCCUGUGUUGUUUGUCUGCCACAACUGAUGUUCACAUGAACUGAGCGUGGAGGCGCCAUGUAGCUAUGGUGGAUCAUAAUCAUUAUUUUAUUAUUUUUACCCCACCCAUCUGGCUGGGUUGCCACUCUGGGCACCUUUCAACACAUAUGAAAACACAAUUUAACACCAAACGUUAAAUACUUCCCUAAACAGGGCUGCCUUCAGAUGUCUUCUAAAAGUUGUGUAGUUCUUUAUCUCCUUGACAUCUGAUGGGAGGGCGUUCCACAGGGAGGGCGCCACCACCAAGAAGGCCCUGUGCCUGGUUCCCUGUAACCUCACUUCUCGCAGUGAGAGAGCCACCCGAAGGCCUUCGGAGCUGGACCUCAGUGUUUAGGAGGAAUUUCCUUUCUUGAAGCCAUUGAUUCAGGUCCCACCGUCCAGAGCAGUAGAAAAGCAGGCUUGGUCCAUCUUCCAUGUGACAGCCAGUUAGACUUCAGCCCUCUCCUGGCGAAUAUUUGGCAAAAUGGCCUCCCCAGUGUUGCCAUCCUAUAGAUCCAGUAUUCAUAUUGUUUAAUAUUAUUUAAAGAAGCAAUAGUGAUGUCAGGUGAUGCUGCCCUUUGAAGCCUUCCGUUGUUCCUUUGAAAUCUUGCCCUUACCUGUCCCACACCUGACAUCAGGUAUGGUAUCAGAGACGGGUGGGGCUUCCUGAAAACAGUCCUGCAGGGCAGUGGGAAGGGUGGAAGCUUCCCUUCCCUGAUUUAAAUACUAAUAAUUAUUGAUAGUUGUGAAAGUGCUUUGUACCUUGCAAGUACUAUAUAAAUAAUAGCUUAACAGUAUCUAAUGCAAUAACUUGAAGUGCUCCCGACAUUUUACUUCAAUAGCCAUGUAUAUUGUUGACCCAUUUAUGUUCUUUAUGUGCAAUGUGCUUUUCAAGUUCUCAUUUUAUACUUUUACUUCUUCCUCCCCACCAAUAUUUGUCCCCUGUUGUUAAUUGUUAUAAAUAACCAAAAUAGCUUUAUACUUGAAAUUGCAACAUACAUUAUUUUUCUGGUUGUACACAGAGAAUAUACAUAUAUAGAGAUGUGAUUCAUUUCUUUUGUGGGUUUCUCUUUUUUUUCAUUUUUCAGGAAUUUAGAGCAAAAUCAAGAGAGUGGGAUAAACAAGAAACACUGUAUCAGAACCACCUCGUUUCAUUAGAUGCUCAGCGAAAACUGCUGUCUGAGAAAUGCAAUCUCUUUCAGGUACCAUGCUGCUGUUUCUACUUUCAUAGAGAAAUUGUACCUAAAACUGUGCACGUCUGGAUAGCAAAAUCACACCGUUUUAGAAAUGGCUAUGUGGAGAUCAUUGCAAGUCAGGCUCUAAAUGUUUGAAAUGCAGUGUCAUUAAAGGAUUUUCUGACAUAAGUACACAAAACGUCUGUGUGUUGUAAGAAAAUGUAAAUGUCUUAAUCUCUGUUGUGAAAUAACUGGUGCUGGAGAUUGUUGUCUGCUCACUAGCAGUGCCAGGAGAGCCACUUAGGUGUGGGGUGGGUAUGUUUUGAGGAUAUUGCAUAUUCUUUCUGGAGCAGGUACAUUUUCACUGAUUCUACCCUCUCAAGACAGGUGACCUUGGACACCUGUGAUCAGAUCUCCUGGCUCUGGGUUUCCGUAGAUGGGCUUGUGUGUGUGUGUGCACAUGUAUUUUCUGUCUGCAGCUAAUAGCAGCUUCAGGAGUGCUACCAUUUGCUGGGACCAUUUGUGGGGUAUUUUGUUGCAAAUACCAGAGCCAAGAAAUGUUGCAGUUAAAGCAAAGGGGCUGCUGUGGAUGACGUUAUGUAUAUCCUGUAUAUACUGGCGUAUAAGACGACUUUUUAACCCCAGAAAAUCCUCUAAAAAGUCGGGGGUCGUCUUAUAUGCCGAGUAUGGGUUCGCUGGGCAACUUCGCCGGGCAGCUUCCUCCCGGCGUGGAGCCCGCCGCCCACUGCCGCUGCCCAAUGAAGCUGCUGCGUAUAAGACUGGGCAUAUAAGUCGACCCCCCAAAUUGGCAGUGGUCGUCUUAUACGCCCACUCGUCUAAUACACCGGAGUCUACGGUAUAUGCCUUGCUUUUCCACUCUUGGGCUGAAGGUUCUGUACAUUAUCAUCCCCUCCCCAUGCUUUCGUCUUUGCAAGAGCAUCCUUUUAAUUGUUUAAAAAAAAGACAAAAAACAAGAAACGAAUCUUACAGCAUUAUAACCUUCCCUGGGACCUUACAGGGGAAGGGCAGGUAAGAAAUCAAAUAAUAAAUGAAUAAUAUAAAUAUCGGCAACAACAGCCCUUUGAGGUAGGCUAUGCUAAUAUAUGUACAUAAGCAGCAGGUCUUGUAAAUAGAUCGCAGUGGGGAGCAAGCCACAUACAAUAUCUUAUUGGCAUCCCCGGCAAGGUGGACUGAUUCAGGACAAAGCAGCAACUCAUGUUCAUUCAAGGAGAUGGGGGAGUGCUUAAGAAUUAUGGGAAACGCCAGCCCGAGUCUAAGGUUACCAGAUUUUUUUUCAAUGAAUCUGGGGACUCUUUUCAACUUCCUACUAAAUAGAUGGAUUUUGUCAGGGGACUGAUUUGUGAAUCCAGGGACUGUCCCCAGGAAACAGGGACGUCUGGUAACCUUAAACCAGAGUUCUAUGUAGACUAUGAGGAUAAGAGCACCGCAUGAAAAUAACUCGUGCAGAAAUGUCCUCGGAACAGUCUAAAAUGCCUUUAAAAUUCCUAUUAUACUCGGGCUCAAUUAGCCACCCCCACCCCCAUUUUGGUUGCUCAGUGCACUCUGUAGGGUUUACUAAAUUACAGAGUAUUGGAUUAGAAGAACGAGCUUGAGAAUAAUGGACCAGGUCACUCUCAUUUUCAUAUUUUUGUCUGAUUUAAUGGACUCUGCCUUUGAUGUGGAUAAAGCAGAUGUCCAGCAUUCUCAGAGCAGCACAAUUACCAUAGUAACAUCGUUUUCCUGCCUGGCUUGUUGGGUGUCAAUCAGAGAGCCACAAGUGCAUUUCUGCCCUCAAAAAAAGGCACGUAAGAAACGCUCGGCGAAAUCAAUGGAACAUAAUCAAACAAAACAAAGGUAGCAGGUGGCGAGGGUUUUAUUUUUAUACGGCUAAAUUAUGUGCCUCUGUUGUGCAAUGGGUUUAACUACACAUAGCCAUUUAUUGUCACAUUUGUAUUGGGAUGUUCUUACUGUUUGAUAUCAGCUUUCCUAGCCUCCUCAAAACAGGCAACAGUUGCAGGUGUGGAUGUGUUCAGGGCAUGCAGGGGUGGCAGCUGGUGCCCAUUAGGGCUGGUAGGGCAGAAGGCAGGGAGACUGCCAGUAGGUGGCGAUAGAGCCAAUAGCAGGCAGGGCCAACUCAUUCCUGUUUUGUCUCCAUUCUCCUCCAUGCUGAGUCCCACAGGGGGCAACAAUGAGGCUAAGGAAGAGGAAGUGGACAGUUGGAAUGGAGGGAAGUAGACGUGGUCAGCUGGGGUUGCAAUUGGUGAGGCAAUGCCUUCUUUGCCGUAAUGGUCCAACCUCCACCGGCUGGACACGAAAGCAGCACAGUCCAUCGCGGCUUGUGCAAAUCGCCACAAACGUCGGAACCGCCAAUAGAAAAGGAUGAAGGAAAAAGAUAACGAUAAGAUGUUAAGCUAUUUUAAGCAAAGGAUUGUACGCACUAUGACGCAGCAAGAAGGGAGGAGAAGGGAAUCACUGCAGAAAACAGGAGGGGAAGUCAACUUUGUACAGUGGUAUCUGGGGUUAGAUACGCUUCAGGUUACAUACGUUUCAGGUUACAGACUCCGCUAACCCAGAAAUAGUACCUCGGGUUAAGAACUUUGCUUCAGAAUGAGAACAGAAAUCGUGCUCCAGUGGCGCGGCGGCAGCGGGAGGCCCCAUUAGCUAAAGUAGUGCUUCAGGUUAAGAACAGUUUCAGGUUAAGUACGGACCUCCAGAACGAAUGAAGUACUUAACCCGAGGUACCACUGUAAUUCGUAUUGAAUUAGCUGGAUGUAGAUUCAUUAAUUAUUUUUUUUGAAAACUAAUAACAAUUAAUUGGUUAAAAAAAAAAGUGGGAGGACAGGGAGAUUUAAAAGUGCAGGAGCUGAAGUUUUUCCCCAGCCCUGUUUUUAAUCCCUAAAACUGUGAGCAGAAACACUGCAGCUCAGUGGUAUAAGGUCCCAUUUCAGUCCCUGGCAUCUCCAGGUCGGGGUGGGAGAGGCUAUUGUCUGAAACCUUAUAGAGCCGCUGCCAGUCAGUGCAGACAGCACUGAGAUAGAUGGAGCAAUGGUCCAACUCAUCAUAAGGCAGCUUCCUAUGUAGUCCCAGGAGAAAAAUUAACCGGGGAAGGAGUGAUUGUAGGGGGCAUCACCGUGCCAUCUUUUAAAUCUCCACCCCACUCUCACUUUAUAGGGAAUUGCCUGCGACCCAUUGCAAUUGUGUAGAUCUGUCCUGUGUAACCUGCCUCCCCAUGUUCAAAUGUGUGGGGACCACUGGGGACCACAGUGGCAGCCUGGCCCAAGUCUCAGGAGCGUACAAGUCUGGUAGCGAGUCUUAUGUCAGAAACCUGCUGUCAAAAAAAUACCGUAUUUUUUGCUCUAUAAGACUCACUUUUUCCCUCCUAAAAAGUAAGGGGAAAUGUGUGUGCAUCUUAUGGAGCAAAUGCAGGCUGUGCAGCUAUCCCAGAAGCCAGAACAGCAAGAGGAAUUGCUACUUUCACUGUGCAGCGAUCCCUCUUGCUGUUCUGGCUUCUGAGAUUCAGAAUAUUUUUUUUCUUGUUUUCCUCCUCCAAAAACUAGGUGCGUCUUAUGGUCUGGUGCGUCUUAUAGAGCGAAAAAUACGGUAAUAAUUUCUCCAGUGUUGGAUUUCUGCUUCAGAGUUCUAAAUUUCUGAACAGAAGGCGACUCACAGAAUGGGAGAGGCACCUCUGUGCAAAAGAGAUGGAUUUCAUGCGGGCCGUUUUCCUUGUCUCGCCAGAAGCAAGCACAGCACUGUCAAAUCCAGACGCGGUGCCAGAAGCUAAGCCAAGACGACGCGGGUACCUGCAGCCAGUGCCAAACCGAGCACCCCGGCAUUCAGCGUGACGUCCUUGCGGAACCCACCGAAAGGAGCGAGCUCUUUAUGGAAAAACUGAAGUCGACCGUGAGCGAAAUAGCCGUGAGCAGAAACAGGCUGCAGGAGGAAAACCGAAAGCUCCAGCAGGAAGUGAAAAUGUACCAAAGGAAGUGCCAGGUAAAGAGUCAGCGGCGGUAAUAAGGACCUUCCCAGGUGUUAAGAUCAGCAGAGGGGGUGCCCUCUUGGUAGUGCCACUACCCUCAGAAGCUGGAUUGCCUGCCCCAGGAGAGGGUGUUCUCUGUGGUCAGUCCCUAAGUUGUGGAAUUCGCUCCUUACAUCCUUGCAUCCGACACCUUCACUGCACGCUUUUUGUCCUAUGCUGAAAUUACAUUAAUUUACCCUGGCCUUUGACACUUGAGAGGUAUGUUUUUAUGGUGUGUACCCUACUCUUGUGAUUGCAAUUUGUUUUAAACUGCUCUUGAUUUUAAAUUGCUGUGGCCGACCCUGGCACCGUAGGGUGAUGGACGGGAUAAUAAUAAUAACAAUAACAAUAACAAUAGUCAGUGCUUUUUUUUCUGGGGGCACGCAGGGGUCCGCAAACGCUUAAACAUUUUGUGAAUCUUUGUACUUUUGUCCAUUUACUGUAUUUAUUUAUUUGAACUAUAAAAUGGUGGUUUUCUUGAGUCAAAAUGAGAGAGUACCCCUAAACGCAUUUUUAGGGGGGGAAAGCACUGGUAAUAGUAAUAAUAAUCCAUGGUCCCAGGGUUGCUUUGGAAUGUAGAUGGAUAUGGCUGGAACAAGUCAAAAGAGGAGUCAGAAACAGGGAGGUUGGUACCUUCUCACUUGCUCCUUAUUUGCCGAUUCUGAUGCAACUAUUCCCGCUACCUUCACCGAAAGCUUACUUGUGGCGAAAAGAUAAGUUUUGAAUCUAAAAUAUACAGUGGUACCUCGGGUUACAUAUGCUUCAGGUUACAGACGCUUCAGGUUACAGACUCCGCUAACCCAGAAAUAGUACCUCGGGUUAAGAAUUUUGCUUUAGGAUGAGAACAGAAAUUGCACGGUGGCAGUGGGAGGCCCAUUAGCUAAAGUGGUACCUCAGGUUAAGAAGAGUUUCAGAUUAAGAACGGACCUCCAGAACAAAUUAAGUUCUUUUUUAUUAUUAUUAUAUUUAUUAUUUUUCCAAAAACUUAAACACUAAGAAGACAAUACAAUACAAUACAAUACAUUAAAUUAACAAAACAAAACAAAAACAAUAAAAUAAAUCAAACAAUUUCAUUAUCCCAUCUUUCAUUCACUUAUUUCCACGACCUCCUCACACCUCCCUUUUUGUAUUCCACUUCUGUUAAUUAUUUCAGCAAUUCCUUUCCAUCUUCCUCUGUUUUCUAUCCUAUAAUUAUCUUAACUCAUUCUAACCUUAUUUUUUCCUUUAAUGCUCUAUUAACCUAUCUGUACUUAAUUCCUUAUAACAUUUCUACUAAAGCCAUAUAACUUCAUUCCAACAUUUUUCUAACAUUCAUUAAUUUUACAGUAUUUCUGUAAAUAGUCUUUAAAUUUUUUCCAAUCUUCUUCCACCGACUCUUCUCCCUGGUCUCGGAUUCUGCCAGUCAUUUCCGCCAGUUCCAUAUAGUCCAUCAACUUCAUCUGCCAUUCUUCCCGGGUGGGUAAAUCUUGUGUCUUCCAAUAUUUUGCGAUGAGUAUCCUUGCUGCUGUUGUUGCAUACAGAACAAAUUAAGUUCUUAACCCAAGGUACCACUGUAUCCAGAUUUUGUAAGAAAGAUCCACGAGAAGGUGCAGACGGAAAAGUAACGGACACGUUUUCCUGUAACACCACGCCCUGCCCCCUGCAACCUCCCAAAUCUCCUAUCUCUGUCCACUCCUGGGGAGAAUAGCUUUUUGCAUUGGCCUAAAUGGUCCAGCACCUGUCUCCCCAUUGUUGCUUAAUACAGGGGUUUUCCACCAGUGUGCUGUGGCAUCCUGGGGUGUCUUGAAUGAUGGUCAGGGGUGCCGCAGGCAACACUGGCCUCUGUCCCUCUUUCCCUCCCUCCCUCCUCUGAUGCCCUCUCAUGUCUCUGCCUCCCAAAGGCUUGUACAGCUGUUUGUUGCCGCGGCCCUGGUUUACAAGCUCCCGAGGCGAAUGGUGCCUCUGGGGCUAGCCAGAAGGUGCUUCCCAGGCCCUUGUGGGGCAGUGGGAAGAGGCACCUCUCUUUGGGGCAGGGGGGGGCGGCAGCUCAGAGACCGGGUGGCAGCAGUGGCUGCCCAGAGGGACUCCCACGGGAGAGGGGAAAGGAGAGGAGGCUGAGGGAACACUUCGCAAGGGAGGGUAUUUGAAAAAGGGCAAGAGGCUGCCCGCUCUGCAGACAAGGGGUGACAGAACUGGGUUCCUGAGCCCCACAGGGGUGCCGCAGAAAGAAUGUAGUUGGCCAAGGGAGCCCUGGACUCUAAAGGUUGAAAACCUCUGGCUUAAUAGCUCUGCACUCAGCUAGCCCAGCCAGCCUGGCCCAGUUGUGCAGCUUGCAUUUCCCCUUCAGAUCCCAAAUAUUAUAUAAAUAGUACCGCUCUUUAGUUUCUAAUAUUCACUAACAGACUCUAGUACCCCAGCUAUAACCAUGUGUACUUUCCCCACCCGAGUCCACUUUGCGAAGCAGCUGCAUUUUUUAAAAGCUCAGAUAAAAUAAAAGGACCAGCAGAGGGCGAAGCAACAGCAGCUACCCAAGACACCAUAUAGUACAGAUGGCUGCGUCUAGGUAUUAUAGUAGAUGGUAGGAAUGCUUCUAAAAAUAGCUAUGCACGUCCGACUUUUCUCUCCCCAGUAUUGUCUAGUGCAAGUGUUAGAAACCUUUGGACUUGCCCCUGGCACAACCCCUCUCCAGCUUUGCUUCAUACCUUCCUUGGGUGUUUCUGUCUGGCUGGAAUGUGCCCUUGAACUCUGGGGUGCUCCUCCUCUUGGCUCUCAGUUCCACCCACCCCUCGGAAAACUGCUCUUUAACGCUCAAUUGGCGCAAACUGCAAUUCGGGUUUUCUCCAGAUAGAUAAGGCAAGAGGGAAACCUAGAAAGCAUUUGAGUAGCAGAACUACAGGUGGCUCCCGCCUAAUUAAGAAGAUGACCUUGUGAAGAUGGUACAGUCUCGCCUGGGCUCCUUGCAGCACCUGAAGGAGUUCUACCCCCUCCCUUCUUCUGCUAAUUACGUUCCAUUUUCUCUUGCAAAUAAAUGGCCCAACAGCCCCUUCAGAAUAGCCAGAAGUGGUUGCCAUUGGAGGGGAGGGUCAUUUUCACCUGUGGCCGCAAAUGAGCUUGAACUGACUUUGCUCAUAGGGUCUAUGAGCUGGGAUUGUACCUGGGAGGAAGAAGAGUUUGGAUUUGAUAUCCCGCUUUAUCACUACCCGAAGGAGUCUCAAAGCGGCUAACAUUCUUCUUUUCCCUUCCUCCCCCACAACAAACACUCUGUGAGGUGAGUGGGGCUGAGAGACUUCAGAGAAGUGUGACUAACCCAAGGUCACCCAGCAGCUGCAUGUGGAGGAGCGGGGAAGCGAACCCGGUUCACCAGAUUACGAGUCCACCUCUCUUAACCACUACACCACACUGGAGAUGAAGAAUGACCCUGGGGCUCACUUCCUUCCUCCCCCUUCUCUCACUUUGGGGCAGAAGUGAACAAGCAAGCCAAAACAUCUCACUUUUGUAUGGUCUCCCAUGAUCUUGUGAGACCGGCAUCCCUUUAAAGAGACCCCCUUUUUUCUAAUAAUGAGUAGAUUGCUUCUGUGCAACACCUCAUCUAUAUUUGAGUAGAGUUAUGAUGGAACCACUAUUGAAUUGUAGAGGACAGUGGUCCGUGAAUCAUCUCUUCAUUAAUUUCCAUAUAGGAUGCCUGUUCCAUUCAUUCAGUGUAGUUAGUUCUCUUCCGUUCCCCUUCUACCAUUUCGAAAAACGUCUCCAAAAAGCCUCUCAGCCUCUCAAGGCGCUUGUUUUCCAUAUCACAGCAGAUCAUUUUUGGAGUUGUGAGUCACCACCAUGACUAUUUCAGAAGCUUUCAAAAGUUUGGCAUUUCAGUUUGAAAUGUAGUCAAAUAAAUGGAAGCAAUAACUCCCACACUUGCACGUUCCAAUGCUGAAAUCUGCAGCCUUUCUCUUUCUCUUGUUGACGGAUGAUAUGGCUGUUGAUAUAAUUUAGUUUGUUACCGUCAUAUGGUAUAGCUUGCCUUGUGGAUAACACAGUUACCACUUACCAUAACAGUAAAACAUAUAAUUCCAAAUAUAGUGAAUGUAUUUCUGGGAGGAUUUUUUUUGUUUUUUGGAGGGGGGGGCUUCUAAAUUACAGACUUAAAUUGGUUUAAACAGCCAUUCCCUUUCCCAAGAAAAUAUUGGGCAUGUAUUUAUGUGAUGGAGGACUAGGGAUCUCUAGGAAGAAAUUCUUGCCCUCACCAGGCUGCAGUUCCCAGAGUUCUUUGGUGAAAGCCAUGGCAGCUAAACCGAUAUAAAACCUAUAUAUGUCUUGUUAAUGCAGAUACGAGAGUUGGAUGUUGAAUGUAGGGACUGAGAAGCAGUCUCUGCAUGGAACUUCCCCAAACACCAGGUUGCAAGUCUAUCUCUGCAUUGCAUUGUGCCCCCUGAUAUCCUUACAACUGGGUAGGCUAUUUUGAAGGCAUUUCUUUGUCUUUGUUCAGAAUAUUGAAGCAAGGCUCGCCCAAGUGACGAACGAACUGAAGUCACGAGAGGAUCUCUUGAAUAUGGUCGAGCUGGAGUGCCAGCAGCUGCGCAACGAAGUCGCCAAAAUGGAAGAGUAUAAAAAUAACGAAGAAAGCCGCGUGAAGUAGGUAUUUAAAAUACAGGUCUCCCCUGCAUGAAUUGGUUCUUGUUGACGUGAGAGUGAGUGCCUCUGGGUGGCGAUAGCAAACAUUACACAUGCUCAGAGCAGAGACACUGAAAUGGAUAAACCUGUCCAUUGGUUUUAUUGGAGUCAUCAGCCAGUGGUCUGACUCAAUAUAAGUUCACUGCGAAAGCCCAAAAAUAGUGACGUGCAUAGCAGUGCACACUGUUCCUAUUGUAAAUAUAGGCGCAGUACAGUCCUGCACAUGCCGUGUUGAAUUGGAUGGGCAACCACACUGAAACGAGUGGUGGUGCCCCCCCCCCAAACACAAAUGAAUGGGAAGACCAAGAUAAUUUUGUCCCCUUUUUCUCUUUGGGUUCUUACUUAAAAAAGAAACAAGCAAUUUGCUUUUAAUAAAAGACGCCUGCUUCUUGGGAGAAAAGCAAUGACAAACCUAGACAGCAUCUUAAAAAGCAGAGACAUCACCUUGCCAACAAAGGUCUGUAUAGUCAAAGCUAUGGUUUUCCCAGUAGUGAUGUAUGGAAGUGAGGGCUGGACCAUAAAGAAGGCUGAUUGCCGAAGAAUGGAUGCUUUUGAAUUAUGGUGCUGGAGGAGACUCUUGAGAGUUCCAUGGACUGCAAGAAGAUCAAACCUCUCCAUUCUUAAGGAAAUCAGCCCCAAGUGCUCACUGGAAGGACAGAUCCUGAAGCUGAGGCUCCAAUACUUUGGCCACCUCAUGCGAAGAGAAGACUCCCUGGAAAAGACCCUGAUGUUGGGAAAGAUGGAGGGCACAAGGAGAAGGGGACGACAGAGGACGAGAUGGUUGGACAGUGUUCUCGAAGCUACCAGCAUGAGUUUGACCAAACUGCGGGAGGCAGUGGAAGACAGGAGUGCCUGGCGUGCUCUGGUCCAUGGGGUCACGAAGAGUCAAACACAACUAAAUGACUAAACAACAACAACACACUUUCAAAUAUAGGAGGGAAAGCUGUCAUCAAGAGAGUCCUGAACUCUUUUUUUUUUUUUGCAGCUUGAUCGAUAGGGAUGGGCAGUUGAAUAGAUGUAUUUUGUGACACGUUUUGUUUGAUAGCAUGCCCGAUGGUGGCUCAUCGGAGGGGUCUGGCGUUAUGCAGAUAACUGGGAACCUCGAGCACUCGGCCUCGAAAUAAUUAGCUUCUGAACUGUGUUGUUUAAGGUUGCGUUUUGUGUUCACAUCAGGGCACCUGACAGUGUCUUGCCAGCACGAGCAUUUUACUACAUUUAAAGGGCAGGAGCUGAAUGCUUGGUAUUUCUCCCUCGUGGCCAAAUGCCUAGUGAGCCUAAGGUUACAAGCCAGAGCCAUUAUUGGGGAUCAGCACUGAUUGAAACCCUGUUAGAGCUCAUGACCCAGCAAGGGGCCUGCUGCCAAGAUCUGGAGAGCCUAGCUGCUGCCUGCUGCUACUGCUGCUACCCUUUGUCCUUAAUGUUGCUGCCAAUUUUCCUGCCCUCUCUGAAUAAACAACCGGCAGUGGAGCAAGGAGAAGGUGUGGGAGCCAGGUGCUUCUCUCUGCCUCUGGGCGAUGCUGCAGUUUGGGCCACCUAAGACGCGGGUGGCGCUGUGGGUUAAACGCUUGCCGAUCAGAAGGUUGGCGGUUCGAAUCCCCACGACGGGGUGAGCUCCCAUUGCUCGGUCCCAGCUCCUGCCAGCCUAGCAGUUCGAAAGCACACCAGUGCAAGUAGAUAAAUAGGUACCACUCCAGCAGAAAGGUAAAUGGCGUUUCCGUGUGCUGCUCUGGUUCGCCAGAAGCGGCUUAGUUAUGCUGGCCACAUGACCCGGAAACUGUACGCCGGCUCCCUCAGCCAAUAAAGUGAGAUGAGCGCCGCAACCCCAGAGUCGGCCACGACUGGACCUAAUGGUCAGGGGUCCCCUUUACCCCUUUACCUUUAAGAGAGAGAAAGCAAAGGAGGAGUGGCUUUUGAAAGUAGUGGGCUAUGCAGACAUGGCAAAAGGCAGACAGCAAAAUUAAGAGAUCAAAAUGAGGAACUUUUUAUAGAAGAAUGGGGAGGCCUUUCAUGGACUACUUUAAAAAAACAACAACAUGACAGCGGGCAGGAGUCGAGAGAAAAGCAGCAGACGAAAAAUGGCAAAAUAAUUGUGACAGAAGCCUUUUGUAAUAGAUUAAAAUAUAUCACAGUAGAAAAGGUUUGAGUAAAAAUGCUGUGGAGGUGAGGGUGGGCAGUAAGCUUAUGUAAUACUGUAAUUAUUUGAUUUGAAGGUUAUUGUGAAAAUAUUUGGAAAAAAAUUAUAUAUGUGUGUGUGUAUAUAUAUAUUUGACAAUUUUUUCACCCUCUCAGCACACUGCUAUUUACUAAAAACAGUUUGGGAAUGACUGUCUCAGGCAAAGAGACUUGUGUAGUAUCAUACAAACAUAAUGUAAUGUGUUUCAUAUAAUAAAACAAUAAUUUUGGGUUUGUUUGUUUUUUAAGAAGGGAAAACUGGACUUGUAAUAGCUUUCUUUCUUUCUUUCUUUCUUUCUUUCUUUCUUUCUUUCUUUCUUUCUUUCUUUCUAGACUUCAGUCAGCUUAUGCACAAUGCAUCAAGGACCUGGAAAUAAAAAAAGCUCAGAUACUUGCCUUGGAACAACAGCAGGAAAAUCAGCAGAAAGAGCUGAACCAGGUAUGUUCUGAUCUUAUUCCGUGGGUCACAAUUAAGGAAAAACUAGAUCCAGGCUGUAGAAGGACAUUGGAGCAUGAGAAAGCUGCUUUCUCGGCUAAUUGUGGGUCUCAGAUCUCUCUUCUCCAGCUUUGUACCAGUUAAUGCAAGUGUUCUAAGUGUGUUUCCAGUGUGCCGUCAGUGUUAUCAGCAUCCAGUCACUGCUGUUAAAGCUGGAAGUGGAAUAACAACUCUACUUCCAGACUUUUACACAUUUCUUUUGCCUACUGGGCAGUCCGCCUUUCCCAAACCCCGAGUGUUUUGCAGGGGUUGGGGUAAUUUUCAUUGGGAUUGUGGUGUGGGAGAGAAGCACUCCCAGUUAUGAUUACUGCCCCACUCCAUCCUUGCUGUGGUUUAAGGAAGGCAGUGCAGAAUAUAAAGGCAAUGCGGUUUGGAAAGGGAAGAGAGGGAUGCCAACCAACCAACCAACCAGAGGGAUAAAACGGACUCCUAAAGAGGUGAGAGAUGGAAUUGGCUUCAGCAGGCAAUAAUCUGCCAGAAAAGCUAUCGAACAGCUGCACAGCAGGCUGUAUGCACUUGGGGCGACUGCAUAGCUGUCACUUUGUGUGUUUUUUUAAAAAAGCAAGAAAGUUGGAUUUUCUGAGCUCUGAGAAAGGAAGGAAGCUGAACAGGUAAAAUAUGGGCAGGGUAUGUUUCAGGGAACUGCCAUCGGCUCAGGGGCGAGAGGGGAAAAGCCAGAUGGAUUACAGAGAGCCCCCAAAGAUCGUGGGAAGCAGCACAUCCUCAGCAGAGGAGAGUAACCACGCCUCCAGCGGAGAGGGCUCAGAGGAGGUGAGGCGGUGCCAGGACACCUUGCCUGAGCAAAGCAGGGAGGAGAGAGGUCCUCCGUUACCCACGCCCUCCCUGCGCAGUAGGCUUCCACGCAGAGAGGGGAAGCACAGUCUGGGCGUCAAGAAACUACUCUGCUGGGGAAGGUUUAAGGACCUCCCACUCUCAGAUUCUGCCAGUGAAUGAGCGAGCCACGGAAUAGUGGUGCUCUGCAUGUUGAAGGUUUCUUUGGCACCAAUAACAAGGCUUUACAGCCGACCAGGGAGGCAUUUGCCUGAUUGCUCUCGAGCAACCCCCUGAUACCCUUACAUUAUGUCUUGAUCAGAACAUCGCACAGGUGUAAAAAAGGGAAGUGGCCAAAGUUCGGCCAUUCUGCAGUAAAUGGAAAGUGUGGAUGCAGCCGGAAUUGGUGCUUUUCAAACUGCCUCUUCUUAGAGAAUUUUAGAGCUGGAAUAUGCAGGAAUAUGCAGUUGUCCUAUAUGGAGGUUGAACCUGCAACCUUGGUGUCAUCAGCAUCGACUGAGCUAUCCAUUCACUAGCCUUACACGCUGCAGAUAAUUUUGCAGCCUGUUAGAGGUCAUGCUGUCAAGUCCCACUGAAUGCUAACCAGGCCUGUUGGUCUCUGCCCAUGUGGAUUACAUCAUCAUAAUAAUAAUUUAUUAUUUCUACCCUGCCCAUCUGGCUGGGUUUCCCCAGCCACUCUGGGCAGCUUCCAACCGAAUAUUAAAAACAAUACAGCGUCAGACAUUAAAAACUUCCCUAAACAGGGCCGCCUUCAGUUGUCUUUUAAAAGUAAAAUAGUUGUUUAUUGCCUUGACAUCUGCUGGGAGGGCGUUCCAUAGGGGGGUGGGCGCCACUACCAAGAAGGCCCUCUGCCUGGUUCCCUGUAAUGUCACUUGUCGCAGCGAGGGAACCGCCAGAAGGCCCUCAAUGCUGGACCUCAGUCUCUGGGCUGGAUGAUGGGGUGGAGACUCUCCUUCAGGUAUACAGGACCGAGGCCGUUUAGGGCUUUAAAGGUCAGCAUCAACACUUUGAAUUGUGCUCGGAAACGUACUGGGAACCAAUGAAGAUCUUUCAGGACCGGUGUUAUAUGGUCUCGGCUGCUGCUCCCAGUCACCAGUCCAGCUGCCACAUUCUGGAUUAAUUGCAGUUUCCGAGUUACCUUCAAAGGUAGCCCCACGUAGAGCACAUUGCAGUAGUCCAAGCGGGAGAUAAUUAGAGCAUGCACCACUCUGGCAAGACAGACUGAGGGCAGGUAGGGUCUCAGCCUGCGUACCAGAUGGAGCUGGUAGACAGCUGCCCUGGACACAGAAUUAACCUGGGCCUCAAUGGACAGCUGUGAGCCCAAAAUGACUCCCAGGCUGCGCACCUGGUCCUUCAGGUGCACAGUUACCCCAUUCAGGACCAGGGAGUCCUCCACACCUGCCCACCCCCUGUCCCCCUGAAAUAUACUCAGAGUCGGUGGGGACCUUACGUUUCUGGAAGUCCCGUAGGGUGAAUGGGGCCAGCCUGAGUUUGGGACCCCCAGUAGGACACAGUUUCCUUAAGGUCCUUGCCGAGAUUAUGGAUAGAGUUGAACCCGUGUCAAGCUCCAUGCGGCAUGGGGCCCCCUCUAUCUGUACCUCUACAUAAAUUUUCUCUACGUUGGGGUGGGGCAACUGGUAUACCUGGCAGUCCGUGAGCUCCGUCGAGUUGCCUUGGUGCGUUGGGCCCCGGGACCUGGGGCUCUUGGAUUGGUCAUCUGAUGCCUGGUGUCGGGUGGGCCGAGCCCGACACACCCGGGCAAUGUGUCCCGAUUUUCUGCACUGCCUGCACUCUGCGUUGCGGAAACGGCAGGUCCUCCUCUCGUGACUCUUCCCGCAGCUUGCGCAGUUCCCUCCUUCUCGUCGAGGCAGCUGUGGUCUGUGCGCUGCUUGAGUGCGCUGCUGUACUCGGUGCACCUCCUCCCUGUCGGAUCCUGAGUCGUCGGUGAGGUCUUCGUGGUGGACCCUCGGUUGGGAUGGCAGGCUCGGCCGUGCCUCUUGCGUUGACCUCUCGGCAGCUUCCGUUGCCAGGGCCUCCUCCAGAGCGACCUGGAACGUUAGGUCCUUCUUAGCGUAGAGGCGUAGUUGCAGCUUCUCAUCCUUCAGGCCACCGACAAGGCGGUCACGAAGCAUGUUCUCCAGCUCUGAGAAGUUGCAGAACCGGGCGGCUUGGCGGAGAGAGGUCACAAACCCAGUUAUGGUUUCCCCAGGAGCUUGCCGCUUUGCGUAGAAGGCAUUUCGACGAGCCACCACUGAGGGCUGCGGCGAAAUGUGCCCCUUCAGCUGUUCCAUUAUUGUUUUGUAUGGAACAGUAGCGACGUCUUCAGGCGCAAGGAGAGCCCGGGCGAUUUCAAACGUCUCCUCUCCGCAGACGCUGAAGAAUAUCGCCCUCUUCUUGGCGUCUUCUUCAUCGGUGACCCCUUUGGCUUCUAGGAGGAAGGUGAAACGGGAGGCGUACGCUUCCCAGUCUCCAGAUGCUGGGUUGAAUGGCGAGAAGCUGCUGUUGGCUGCCAUUCUGAGUUCCUUGUGUCCCGGAGCUGAAGCCUGGAUACACGGUGCGAGGCAGCGGUGCGGCAGGUGGCGGUGCUGCGUGUGGCAGUCAGCUCAGCGGGAUCCCAUCCUCGUCGCCAGUGAAAUAUACUCAGAGUCGCAAAGUGAUUUCAUGCUCUUUAUUCAGCUCAUAGUGGUGAGGAGGAAUGAAUGAAGUCCCCUCACAGUAUCUGCUUUAUAUACAUUAUUUACACAAUGGGCUGCACAUGAUUGGCUAAUUCCGGAAUUCUACUGUAAGCCAAUCAGGUUGUGGAUUCACUUCUAUCUGGAGCAGGAUUGGGUGGUUCCUGCCAACCAAUCAUACUGCUGCAUUGUUCUAGGACCAAUCAGACUGCUGCAUUCUGAAUCCUAUUGUUCUAGGACCAAUCAGACUGCUGCAUUUUGGAUCCUAUUGUUCUAGGACCAAUCAGACUGCUGCAGUUUGGAUCCUAUUCAACUCAGUACAUAACACCCCCAAUAACAGUAUUUCUGUCUGGAGUUGUAAUCCAAACAUCUGGAGGGCACAGGUGGGCAGAAGCUGCCUGAGGAACUGGGGGGGGGGGGGGCUUUAAAAUAUUGCAGCAUUUAAGAGUGUUGAUUUCAUUUACACUAGCCUCCUAAAGCCAUCAGUUUUUAAGGCGAGAGACAUCCUUGGUUCUUAGUGACUUUGAAAUGGAUCUCCAGCGUGUCUGAAGCAUGUGCCCAGUAACCCUUAAUAUCGCCAAAGGGGCACAUUGCAUGUAAGAGUGCAAUGAAAAUCAAUGGCAAUUCAUAAGGAAACAGAAUACAACUGAACGUUGCUUGAUUGGCCCUUUUUAUAUUGGCAUCCAGAAGGGCUGUAUUGUUCUAAGAAACAGGAGGAUUUAUUGGCAUCUCGCUAUUUGUUAUUGGCAGAAAACUUAUGAAAACCCACAAGCUUCUUUAUACUCUCGGGGGAGAGCGAAGCGGUACAGGAAAUGUGACCUUCAAAGCUAAUAGCAUAGAACAACCCAUUAAAUAACACUAGUGGCAAGCUUAUUUUCUCUGAGAGUGGGGCUAUUUUAUUUUUAUUUUUUGUAACACUAUGUCAGCAUAGCCUUUAUUUAUUUUUAUCAUGUUUUCUCUUUAGUGAGCUGCUAAAAGUUAUUUCUGGUAGUACCUGGUACUUUAACUAUUGACUUUCCUUGCUUAGAGGGGGAACAGUAGACUCUGGUUACUACGUGCAACCUGCUUUUAAAGCUGACAUAAGUAGUUUCUAACCAUUUAGCCCUUUUGGAAAAUUCCUUUGCCUCUCCAGAUUCUCCUUGGAGCAAAUUUGGGGGUAGGCCCUGGGCUUCUGGGCUUGCUAUCCCAAACUCCUUCCCACUCUCUUCGCUAUAGGGAUAAGAGAAUACCUUGAAUUGCAAGGUGAAGGAUGUCCCAGUGUCUGAGUUUUCUCUGUAAAUAAGAGUGCAGAAGGGAAUCGACAUACAACUGCUUGCCUGACGCUCACUCUCCAGGGUACGAAUUGGUCAACACCACGUCCAAACAGUGUAACAUUACACUUUGUGACAUCAACAGCAUUGACGGAACAUACUCUGAGCAUUUGUUUGCUGAUGCAGAUAUCCUUCUGUUUUCGCGAAUGCCAAAAAUGGCAUUUUGCAAUUCUGCUCAGAACUGGACAGAACAGAACAAGUCGCGUUUGCUGUGUGGUGAUCACAGUAAAGUGAAGGACCAACAAGGCAAUAUAUGCAGCUUGAUAGCCCACCAACCACUUUCAUCCUAUGAAUGUUUUAAAACAGUGGUAGGCAGGGAGCAAAAUGGGGACCUCCCUGCCUCCAUUCCUCUUCGGAAUCUCCCCAGGUUGCAUCCUGCUUCAAAUUCUGAAUGUUUUUGACUGGCUGGGAUGUGUCCUUGACCUCUGAAAAUGCCUCUUGUUCAUCUGGGUGGCAGAUAAAGAGGAAUGUGUUAGAAACUAGCCUCCUCCUCCUCCUCCUUCUUCUUUGGCAAUCACUCGUAGCCGAGUAAGAUUGUCUUCCAUAAACACGGUUUUAACAAAGUGACUGUGGAGGCCAAUUCUGGACCCACACGUCCAUCCACAGUGGGGGCAUUGGUCGGAGUUGAUCACGGUGUGGAUUUGCCAAGCGUGCCUUCCUCCUAGCACAUUUCUCCCUUGCAUCCUGAGUUCGAGUGUCUUCAAAGUCCAUGACACCUUGGGUAAAGGCUGUUCUCCAACUGGAGCACUCACAGGCCAGUGUUUCCCAGUUGGCAGUGUUUAUACAACAUUUUUUUAGAUUUUCCUUGAGACAGUCUUUAAACCUCUAUUGUUGACCACCAGCAUUACGCUUUCAGAGGUUGGACUGCCGGGCACAUUAACGUUGGUGGGUAAAUUUUCUUUCACUUGACUUCCUUUCGGCAGGGGUGCCAACUUGGAUAAAAUAUUGUGGGGGCCCAGGUUAGCCCCGCCCCACAAAAUCGAUCACAUGACACAGUAUACACACACCAUUUGAAUGGGAAUGCCAGUCAACUUUGUUGGGGCCCAGCCUCCUCAAAUAUUUUAUUGUGGGGGCUGAAGCCCCCCAUGCCCACUCAGAGUUGGCUCCUAUGAUUCUUGGCAUGUAGCGUUUAAACAAGAGAGGAGGUGGAAAGUGUGAACUCUAAACUGAAACACAAAGAAGCUGGUCUGAAUCGUAAGCCUUUCUAAAUCUCUGCGCUAUCGCUCACACGGCUGGUAGGGUUGCUGUGUUGGAAACGGAGAACCCCAAAAGUUGGUGGUAUGUGAAAAAAACGAUGCUAUCUGCAAUGCCAGCGCUCAUUCUUCCCUUUUUGCUGCAGAUAAGGGACCGCCUUUAUCAGGAAGAACAGUCCCAUCGCUCUGAGGUGGAAAGAAUGAGGACGGAAAUCUCUGACCUGACAGAAGAGCUUCAUCAGAAGGAGAUUACUAUAGCAACUAUCAUGAAGAAAGCUGCUCUACUGGAAAGGCAGUUACAAACGGAGUUAGAGAUAAAAGAGAAAAUGUUAGGGAAACAACAGGUAUGCAAACAGAAUAAAAAGCAGCGCAGGUCAUUUGGUCCUUACGGAGAUUAGCACCUAUUGACGUUUAAGGAAGCGAUUGCCUCAUAGAAUAUGGGCAAGGAGUGGGGGGGGCGGGACAAGACUACAGCAGGAAAUAAGACCAUUUGACAUAACGCUAAUCUUACACUUAUCAUACAGAACCAAGCAUUCUGGGGUUUAUAUUCCUAGCAUACACAUGAAAAUCUUUCCAACGUUCCUGCUCAUAUCUCUUCCCUAUAACCUGCAGUUUCUUAGCUGUAUUUGCUGAUCUGCAUUACUUUUCUGAAUUUCUUGUUGAGAUUAUUUGGGUGUGGCACCCAUGGGCGUAGCCAGGAUUUUUGUUACAGGGGGCGGCCAAAGUUGUUGAGAUUUUUUAAAGAAAUCCAAGUUGUCAAGCUUUUCUUGGAAAAUCACGGUUAAAAAUACCCCAUAAAUAAGGCAUUGUGGGUACAGUGGUGCCCCGCAAGAUGAAUGCCUCACAAGACGAAAAACCCGCUAGACGAAAGGGUUUUCCGUUUCUCGAUGCACUUCGCAAGACGAAUUUCCCUGUGGGCUUGCUUCGCAAGACGAAAACGUCUUGCGAUUUUUUCCGCUUCCCCCCCCUUUUCUAAGCCGCUAAGCCUUUAAUAGCCGCUAAACCGCUAAUAGCGCUAAUCCGCUAAGCCGCUAAUAGGGUUGCUUCGCAAGACGAAAAAACCGCUAGACGAAGAGACUCGCGGAACGGAUUAUUUUCGUCUUGCGAGGCACCACUGUAUCCGGCUUCUGCUGGGGGCUAGGGGAGAACCUCAGAUAAUUGAGUACUUUCAACGCUUUUCAAAAAUAGUUGUGGAUCUAGCACCCUUGGCUAUGUCCAUGAUGACACCUGUAGACCUUGCAGUUUAAAUUGUGCUAAUAAGCAAUUAACAGUGCUGCUGUUCUUCCUGCACCACCAGAAAUUGCAAGGGGAGUCGCGGCUACAUGCUUGAAGUCAAAUAUCUGUGUUAGCAUCACCAAAUUGACCUCCCCUGAGCGCAAGCCUAGGCAGUGUGUAUGGAAGCAUAUAGAUAUAUACGUGUGUGUGUGUGUGUGUUAACAUUUAAAUGUGCGGUUCCCCACCUGUGCUCUGAAGUGCUGUUUUGACACAUAUUUGCCUUCCUAACCAUAUGUCGGAACUAUUUCAGCAUAGUGUGAUCCCACCCUGCAGGACCAUGUUGGGAAUAACAUAAAACCACAUGAGCAGGGUCAGUCCCGUGGCCUGCAGCCUAAGACCACACCAUGCUGAAGUGUUUGUGUCUAAGUGUAGUGUACCUGAAUCAGCUUUCAAAGAGAGGGUGGGGAAAUCAAGGGCAUAUAGCACACCAAGCAACUGUUAAAUCACAUAAGUUGUUUAUAUUUAUAAUCUGGGUGGGCCUCUUUGGGAAGUAACAGCAGAAUGGCCACUGAUCUUGUCUAUCAAAACUUGCUUUUAUUUUCCAUUCCGCCCACAGGAAAUCACUCGCACAGUGUCUAAGCUUGAGGAUAUUACAUGAAUCUUUUACUCUUGAUAGUUUUUAUGCUGAUUACUUCUUGUCUUUUUCGAAAACACAAAGCAUCUUGAUAUUGAAACAAGAAUUUAGUUCGUUGGAAUGCUGCACUCCAGAGUGGUGUGUUUAAUUAACAAAUCUGAGCUGUUCAAGGCCUCCAUUUAAAGUUUUUGAAACAUCUGCUAAACUUCCCAACCCCUUUGCAAAUUGUUGUUGUUGUUUAGUCGUUUAGUCGUGUCUGACUCUUCGUGACCCCAUGGACCAGAGCACGCCAGGCACUCCUGUCUUCCACUGCCUCCCGCAGUUUGGUCAAACUCAUGCUGGUAGCUUUGAGAACACUGUCCAACCAUCUUGUCCUCUGUCGUCCCCUUCUCCUUGUGCCCUCAAUCUUUCCCAACAUCAGGGUCUUUUCCAGGGAGUCUUCUCUUCUCAUGAGGUGGCCAAAGUAUUGGAGCCUCAGCUUCAGGAUUUGUCCUUCCAGUGAGCACUUGGGGCUGAUUUCCUUAAGAAUGGAGAGGUUUGAUCUUCUUGCAGUCCAUGGGACUCUCAAGAGUCUCCUCCAGCACCAUAAUUCAAAAGCAUCCAUUCUUUGGCGAUCAGCCUUCUUUAUGGUCCAGCUCUCACUUCCAUACAGUGGUGCCUCGCAAGACGAAAUUAAUCCGUUCCACGAGAGUCUUCGUCUAGCGGUUUUUUCGUCUUGCGAAGCAAGCCCAUUGACGGAUUAGCGCUAUUAGCGCUAUUAGCGGUUUAGCGGCUAUUAAAGGCUUAAAGGCUUAGGGGAUUAGCUGCUAAAAGGCUAUUAAAGGCUAUUAAAGGCUUAGCAGAUUAGAUAAAGGGGGAAAGCGGAAAAAAACUCAAGACUCGCAAGGUAUUUUCGUCUUGCGAAGCAAGCCCAUAGGGGAAUUCGUCCUGCGAAGCAACUUCAAAACGGAAAACCCUUUCGUCUAGCGGUUUUUCCGUCUUGCGAGGCAUUCGUCUUGCGGGGCACCACUGUACAUCGCUACUGGGAAAACCAUAGCUUUAACUAUACGGAUCUUUGUCGGCAAGGUGAUGUCUCUGCUUUUUAAGAUGCUGUCUAGGUUUGUCAUUGUUUUUCUCCCAAGAAGCAGGUGUCUUUUAAUUUCAUGACUGCUGUCACUAUCUGCAGUGAAUCAUCUGCAAAUAGAAUCAUAUAAUCAUAAAUAGAAUCAUACAAUUUUGUAUGAUGAUUAUGAUUAGUAGUAAUAACAAAAACAAAAUUGGUUAAUUCAAUUUCUUAAGCACUGCUGGUGCAUCCUCUAGACCAGGGGUCAGCAACCUAAGGCCCAUGGGCCAGAAGCAGCCCACGGAGGUCGUUUGACCGGCCUACAAGCCGCCCCUGAACCAAGCCAGCCGCUCGCGUGCUUUGCUAAACCGGUGCAGUGCGGCGCAGGAACUUGCUUCCACGGCACCAGAAAUUGCAUCUGCACAGACGCAGGCACUGGAUAUCGCGUCUGUGCAUGCGCAGGCGCCGCAAAUUGUGGGCACGCGCACAAUCCGGCCCACAGAGUGAUCUCCGCGGGACCGAUCCGGUCCAGGCAAGAUAAACCUUGCUGACCCCUGCUCUAGACAACUUACAGUAAAAUGUUAACAAAACAAUCCAGCAUGAAAGAGCCAUUAUUCGAUAAAAACAGUGGAACAAGAAAAACGACUAAGCCCAAGUUAUCCCCAUCCACAUAGGAACAUAACUGGGGUAUCAACUUCAGCUGGUAAAAGACGCUCCAUGAUAUAUUGGAUGUAGCUGAUGGGAAAUGGAGUCCAGCAAUAUAUGGAGGGCCACAGCUUCUACCUCUCUGAUAAAUCAAGGGGGAAAUAUGGGAAUAAACCCUUGUCUCCACCAUCAAGUGCUUUUCAACCUGGAAAAGAAAUGCAGACUCAAAAUAUUAUAUUUGUCCUUAACAGCCAGUAAUAUCGCUUUGGAGAGCCCGCUGGCAUUCAUGUCUCCCUUUUUUUAUCUGCCAUUCAAUAAAAGCCCCAGUGAUCAGAUAAACCCGCAAAGAUGUUUUAUCUGAAGAACUCUUUUUGUUAAGGAAUGCAAAAACCCACAAGCCUAUUACGAGAGAGACUUCAGGUCUGAAGUAAAUGGGAUGAAGGCUGUAAUCCUAAACAUACUUUCUAAACUCUAGAGAGUGAGUUCCAUCAAGCUCCAACUUCUGAAUAAACAUCCUUAGGAUUGUGCUGUAAAUCAGCUUAUAGUCAAGUAUUCCAGUUUAAGUGUAUGGUGAAUUAGGCUGUUUAUACGAAGUGGUUGAAGUUCAGAUCCAGCACAGUUGAAUGAUAAUGGAGUGUGUGAGAGCAAAAUUUGAGCUUUUUCCCUCUUUUAACUCCCACUGAGGUGUGAAGAGUUCAUUGCAUUACAAAAUAAAUAUAUGUGUGUGUGUCCCUUGCAUAUUUCAUAUCCCAUCCCAUGAAAAACCAUCUCCCCUUGUAGUUCUUAGUGUCACUGCAAAUCUAUGAUUUAACUUUGUAGCAACUAAGCAAAUUAAACAUUUUGUAAAAGUCCCAUUGCUUUUUAAUGGAAAAGGAAAGUUUGUGUGUGAGAGUUUGCUCUGUUUUAAUCAGUGGGAUCAUGUCUCCCGUUUCCUUAAUAAACCGCCUCCAAAAUAUUUAACAUGGCAUUGGUUAUGCUUUUUUAGUCAGCACUUUUAAGGCAAUUUUUCUCAUUGACACGAGGAUAUUGCAAUUUUAUACAUAAAGAUUUUGAAGGAAUUAUGUAGUUACAACUUCAGCAUUUUUCUACAAUUCUCUCUUUCUGGAAGCAUAACUUGACGGAGCGUUAUAAUGAAAAUAUUUACAACUCUGGCAGCUAAGGAUGUCUUAUGUGCCUCUUUAAGACUUCUGAGGCAAGCAGUUCAAAUGUGUUGAGUGAUUUGAAAAAAAGAAAAUGAAAACGCAGUUUGCAGGGUUCAUUGAGCAAUUGUAAUAUGGUGCUUUUUUUGUGUUACACAGGCUAUUAUCCUUUCUACCCAUUUGUCUUGUUUGCUAUUUCUGGAGGCAGUUCUGUGAGGGUUAUCAUUUACAAUAAAUGCUGUAUGAUUACAUAUGGUAAAUAAGCAGUGAAAAUAUUGCCCCGUGCCUGUUUCUUUGUUGAAUUGUGUGAAUUCAAUUAUGAUGAAGUUGUAAACAAACUGAUCUUUUUUAUAAAAAAAAGAAACAUAAAACAAAACAAUUCCUUCAACAGAUGAUAGAUUUGUCCAAGAAAGAACACGCGGCCUAUUCCGAUUCCAUCGAUAAGCUGGAGCGCGAGAGUGGAAUGUUACGCAAUGACCUUGCGAAAUUGCCAAAGGACAAAGAAAUGCCUUUGCGAGUGAACCCCAUUAUGUACUUUGGAAGAAAUUGUGCCAAGCAGACGGCAGUAAAAGUGGAAGAGAAAGAAGAGAGGUAGGUGCAUGACAGUACACAAAUAACUGCACUUUGUCUCUCCGUAGCUAUUCUUUUUUCUUCUCUGACGUCUUCAUGGCGGGUGGAGGGGAAUUGCUCUGCAAUUGACAUAAGACAGGGCUCAGCAAACGUACCGUGCCUCAGGCUGGUGUCUCCAGCGCCAAUCGCGCCGGGGAGCGCAUGGCCAUAUGUGUGCGCACACGCUAUUUCCGGCGCACUUCCAGGUUGGAGGAGCACCGGAAAUAGCUUGUGUGCAUGUGCACGGGCCUCCUCCGACCCGGAUGUGCACAGGAAAUAACAUUGCACAUGCGCACAAUGUUUGCACAUGCGCACUACGCUUGUGCAUGCGCACAAGCUAUUUCCAGUGCUCCUCCGACCCAGAAGUGGGCAGCUACACAGUGCCGUGCCGGUAAGAGUGGGCAGCGGGGGUCGCCGCGGGCUGGAUAAACGAGUCCCUCGGGCCUUAUCCAGCCCGCAGACCUUAGUUUGGGGACUCCUGACAUAAGAGGUGCCUUGCUGGCCAAAUGGUCAACCUGGUCAACUCUCUCUUUCCAAUAACAGCUAAACCAUAUGCCUCUAGCUUGAAGCAGCUGUUUAGCAUCAGCAUCAGCAGCCUGGAUCCUAGCAUCUAAGACACAGUUCUCCUUUGCAGCUGUAAAACUGAGGAGGGUGGGAAGGUGCUAGCCUUGCUAAGCACAAGGACUGCCAGGGACUUCAAGGAGCUGGGCACAGCAUGCCCUGGGAUACUGGAGUCAGACUUGGCAUGUGUGUCACCUGCCCACACUUGGAGAAUUUGUGAAAAGUGGAAAGAAAUGUCAGUCUCUCAACAUUCCAUGCCACACAGUUCUUAACAGGGUUUUGUACAGAAUCAUUUUGCGCUCUUCAAUUAAGGAAUGUUGUUUCAAUAUGCGAUCACAGUGGAGAGACACUAACACGGACACAGCGGAAGAAUUUACUGUUGUCACUCAGUAUGGAGGCAUGGUGGUGGGAAUUACCGGAGGUCGAGUUGAAGAAGCUCAGUUGACAUUUACUAUUAGGAGUAAUAAUUUGGAAAGUCCUCUUGGACUUUUCAUGGGAAAAGGAAAUGAGUGAUUUUGAGAUGCUUUUAUUGAAAGGAAAUAUUGCUUAACAGAAAGUAGAGAAGAUGUCGUUCAGCCCAGUCACUGAGAUCCAGUGCCGAGCAGUGGCGUAGCGUGGGGGGUGCAAGGGGGGCCGGCCGCACCGGGCGCAACAUCGGGGGGGGGCGUGCUCGCACUCGCAGCUCUCUGCCCCUACUAAAAUUCAUGGGUUAGGGGGCGCAAAUUACUUGCCUUGCCCCGGGUGCUGACAACCCACGCUACGCCACUGGUGCCGAGGGCCUACUGGUGGUUCCCUCAUUGCAAGAAGUGAGGUUACAGGGAACCAGGCAGAGGGCCUUCUCGGUAGUAGCGCCCGCCCUGUGGAACGCCCUCCCAUCAGAUGUCAAGGAAAUAAGCAACUAUCCUAUCUUUAAAAGACAUCUGAAGGCAGCCCUGUUUAGGGAAGUUUUUAAUAUUUAAUGCAGUAUUGUUUUUAACACUUGAUUGGGAAAUGCCCAGAGUGGCUGGGGAAACUCAGCCAGAUGGGCGGGGUAUAAAUAAAAAAUUAUUAUUAUUAUUAUUAUUAUUAUUAUUAUUAUUAGUCAUUGUGGACUGAAUGUCUUAAAUGCCUUUUUCUUAUGAAAUGGAAAAUCAGAAGUCCUUUUUAUUUUUCUUUAUUGUUCUUUUCCCCUUUCCUUUUUCUUCUCUAUUUCCUUUCUUCUUCCUGCUCAUUCUCUAUUCUCUUAUCAUGAAAAACUUUAAUAAAAGAUUUCAACAUGCAAAAAAUAUUUUUGUGCCCUGCCGUCUUGUGCAGUUCUUCUUUGGAAAUGGAGAGUUGGGAAACAAUGCUUUCACCAAGGGAUAGGAUAUCUCAGGAGGAAAAGGGAGUCCCUCCACAAUCUGUAGAAUGCCUGUUAUGGUGAGGUGUUAUAAUGACUGUCCGAGAGCCUUGUGGUUUAUGUGGCUGUUUUCCAUCCCUCCCUCAUCCCCGCUGCUUUGGAGAUGGCAGCGUAUUGAAAGUGAGCUUGACCCCAUUUGCUCUUCUCUAAUGACACUUAAGGACACUGUAGUUUAUUGGGAGGCUCUGUCUGACAGUGCAUUUGCAAUUAUAUCCGUUAUAGCAGGGAGCAAGCCAGGGAAGCUGAGCACACUGCUAUCCUUCACACGUUAACCAAGGGAGCAGGACAUUCCACAACAGUCGGGGGACAAUUAUAAUGCGAUCGUAAUGGGUUACAUGACCUGAAAGAAAAUGCAUCUUUGAUGGGAUUGCUCGGCUCUAGACCUCUGCCAAGGAGAAACGGGGGCCUUGCCCCUCUUGAACGGUUCUCCGUUAAUGGGUUUCUUUCAAGGCAGAAAAAGGGUGACAUAAAAACACAAGAAGAGCCCAGCUGGAUCAGAACAAGGACCCAGAAUGAUGGUCUAGAGACCAUCAUUCUGGUCUCACAGUGACCAAGCACACGGUGGUAGGAAGCUCACUGUGAUGGCCUGGGAAUCUGAUUCAGAGGCUGAACCUGAGGAAUCCCAGCCUGCACAGGAGUCCCCGCCUCCAGGACCAGCUGAGCCGGGGCUGGGGCUUGAACCUGAAGGGCCCUCACCUGUGCCGGAUCCUCAGGAGCAGACACCAGCUGAAUCUGCUCUGGCUCUGGAGGUGAUGGAAGACCCAUUGCCUGUAGGUGCUCCACUCUCAGCCCCGUCAGGGGAAGGUGAGGUUGCCUCUGGGUCCAGUAACCCUCCAGCCUCUCCUGAGCUGCAGAGGCUCAGGGCAGAGAGGCGAAGGGAACUAUGUUCUCGCAGGAGGAGUGCUCGCCUCCAGGCCAUGAGAGGCGAGUCACCUGUGGGCCGGGACCACCCUAUGCCUCGGGGCAGAUAAAAGCCAGCCAGCCCAGUCCCAGGUUGCGGGAGCAACAUCGUUGGUAACCUGUUCCUUCUGGCACCCUGUCCUGCUCUUCUGCCAGAGCUCCGGACCACACCCAACUCCUUGCCUUGGACCCUGCUUCUGCCUUGACGGACAGCCCCCAUACCACACCCUCGACCUCGGACUGGACUUGGACCACGCCGCACAGUAAUCCCCUGGGACCAGCACACUCACAAGCAGCACGUGAGCACAAUUGCCCUCUCCCAGUUGUUAAACUGCAUACAAUUGCCCCAUCAGCUGUUAAACAGAAACAUACUGUCUCUGACGUCCACCACCAAGAUGAAGGUCUACCAAGUUUGCAUGUUGAGCAUGCUGCUUUAUUGUAGUGAGUCAUCAGCAACUUGCAACCUCCAGGAGUGACACCUCAAUGCCUUCCGCUUGCACCGCAUCAGGAAGAUUUUGGGCAUCACGUGGCAUGACAGAGUCUCAAACAAAGAUGUGCUCUUCCAAGCCCACAUUCCAAGCAUGUUCGGUGCCUGGAGACAGUCAGGUUGUGCAUCCGUAGCAGUGACCAGAGGCGGAAUGACUGCUGGGAGGAGCACAGAGAGAAGAAAGACCAUGGUGCAUCUGCAGCAGCGCAACCAGACGCCUUCAUCUGCCCCAGCUGCAACAAAACAUGUCUCUCCAGCCACAGCAGGCGCUGAAACCUUCCAACAGUUUGACUUCACCCCCAAUGGCACACUCCAUCAUUUUCUCCCAUGCCAGUUGGAUGCCAACAGCACUGUCUCUGAGGCUGGCGAUCUUGAGCCAUAGCCAUAGACAGCCUUGCCUUCCAUGCAUUUGCCUAAUCUCAUUUUCAAGCCAUCCAAGUUGGUGGCCAUCACUGCAUCUUGUGAAAGCCAAUGCCAUAGUUUAUUUACUGUAUGAAGGCGGGCUGCUUCUUUUUCUGUCCUGGAUCCUCCAACCUUUUGCUUCGUUGGAUGACCCCAGAUUUUUAUUAUGCCUCUGUCAUGUCUCCUCCCCUCUUACUUGCUUUUUCUCAAAACUAAAAAAGCCCAAACAAAAUAAAAAAAUUCCUUCCAGUAGCACCUUAGAGACCAACUAAGUUUGUUAUUGGUAUGAGCUUUCGUGUGCAUGCACACUUCUUCAGAUACAUGCACAUGUACGCUUAUACCAAGAACAAACUUAGUUGGUCUCUAAGGCUCCAUGAUCACUGCAGAUGGUGACAACAGCCGCAAAAUUAAAAGACGCCUGCUUCUUGGGAGAAAAGCAAUGACAAAUGUAGACAGCAUCUUAAAAAGCAGAGAUAUCACCUUCCCAACAAAGGUCUGUAUAGUUAAAGCUAUGGUUUUCCCAGUAGUGAUGUAUGGAAGUGAGAGCUGGACCAUAAAGAAGGCUGAUCGCCGAAGAAUUGAUGCUUUUGAAUUAUGGUGUUGGAGGAGACUCUUGAGAGUUCCAUGGACUGCAAGAAGAUCAAACCGAUCCAUUCUGAAUGAAAUCAGCCCUGAGUGCUCACUGGAAGGACAGAUCCUGAAGCUGAGGCGCCAAUACUUUGGCCACCUCAUGAGAAGAGAAGACUCCCUGGAAAAGACCCUGCUGUUGGGAAAGAUGGAGGGCACAAGGAGAAGGGGACAACAGAGGACGAGAUGGUUGGAUAGUGUUCUCGAAGCUACCAGCGUGAGUUUGACCAAACUGCAGGAUGCAAUGGAAGACAGGAUUGCCUGGUGUGCUCUGGUCCAUGGGGUCACGAAGAGUCGGACACGACUAAACGACUAAACAACAACAAAGGUGUUACUGGAAGGAUUUUUUUUAUUUUGUUUUGACUACGGCAGACCAACUCGGCUACCUACCUGUAACUAAAAAAGCCCAGUUAUUACUACCUUUUUCCCCCUCACAGGGGAAUUGCUCUAGCCCUCAUCCUGAAGCACUCAUCCUGAUUUAUUUGCAGGGAGAUUAGACAAUGUUGGCUGUUUAAUUAGAACUCGGGUCUGAUUUGUUGGCGGGGGCUAGAUGACGUUGCAUCAAAACAUCUUCUCCUUUUCAGAGCAUUUUCUCAUCACUUUCCUUAUCUCAAAAAAGGAUUGAUCUUUUAGCUAUGCAAGGCAUCCCAACUACAGUUGCACAACCUGAACCUGCCAAUGCGUGACUGAAUCCCACCCGGAAACUGUGACAGACUGGAAGCGCCCAGAGUAAAUUCCAUGACAAAUCACAUCAGUACUGCCCUACACGCUAUUAUCAGUUUCACGGCUCCAUCAGAAUUGGAAACGUAAUCUAUACAGCAACUAGUUAAUAAUGGAAGCACACCGCUGAGGUCUAGCCAUAGACUUGUAGAUGACUGAGAAAUUGGCAUAUAUAUUAACCGAGCUAUGAAGCUUUUAUGAUAACUCCUGAUGAAACACAUGAGCGUGUGUGUUUUAUUCCUAUUAAAUUGCUUUGGAUUGUCUUAAGCACCUGCUAUUUCUUGCUUUUAGGCAUCUUGCUAGGAUUUCUUCGAAAUAAUAACCAAUUUACCUUACCUCUGCAUUCUGCAAAGGUGGUGCAACAAGCUUCGCCCCUUGUAAACCUCAGAGGUCUGGCGUGGGAAUUUAUUUUUAUUUAUCUGUGCAGCAAUAAUUUCUAAGUGUUACUGAAUUUGGCACAAGGCUCACAUGGAAGCUUUCCUGAUUCUGAAAACAUUUAAUGGAAAAUCCUGUUUUUCUUCUUCCACAAUACAGCCGUACCUUGGAUCUCGAAAGACUUGUGAGUCAAUCGUUUUGGGUCCCAAACACUACAAACCCAGAAGUGAUUGUUCCGGUUUGCAAACGUUCUUUGGAACCCGGACGUUCGACACAGCUUACAUGGCUUCUGAUUGGCUGCAGAAGCUUCCUGCAGCCAAUUGGAAGCCACACCUUGGUUUCCGAACCGUUUCAAAAGUUGGAUUCCGUUCGACUUCCAAGGUACGACUGUACUAAUUUUCCAUUUGUAUAUGGCAGAAACAGGGAGCAUCUACCCAUUGGGGAAAACUACCAACACUACAGGCAUUAGAACCACAGUUGCAGGUCUUGGCUUAUUGAUAAAAUGUGGAUAGUUGCUCCUCUAUAGUUUUUUACCUCUAUAGUUUUUCUUCUCUGUGUUCUGAUUGGCCCACUGUCGGCUGCAGUGAUGAACAAGAAUGGGACAGAUUUCAGCCUCUCUCACUUCCUAAGCACAUUACUUUCCUCAUACAAUCCUGGGAACUAUAGUUCGGGAUGCUAGGUAUUGUAGCUCUGUGUAGGAUAAAUUACAGCUCUCGGGAUUCUUUGGGGGAAGUUGCGUUCUUUGUCCCAGCCUGGGAUGAAGGAGAUCAACUUUGUCUGGGAUUUGUGAAUCUUAUUGAAGCUCAAGCUUUUUCUUAGUUCAUUAAGGGUAUUUCUUAAGAGAUUACCUCAAAAAGAAUAUUGUAUGCGUUAUUGCAGAUUCUCUAAAAUUGAAUUGGAAGAUGAGAAAGAACAGAUAUUUUACAAUCUCCUUGGUCUCAUGUUGUGGGAUAGCCAGCCUCAUAUAACCAACAUGUCUAGUUAGUGCAUAAAGGGGUUAAUGCCAUAGAGCAGGCUGUCCUGCCAGGCCACUUUGUAAUCAAGCCUACUUUUGUAUUGUCUACCUGAGAUGCUCAGCGUGUGGAGAGGUUUGAGCUGAUUGUUCCCUGAUUCUCUUGAGUUCCUAUACCAAUGAUCUAGAAACUUACACCAUUUUGUAACUAAGCUAAGUUCUACUGUCUGCACAACUUUUUGGAAGUGCAUGAACCUGACCUUUGAAGCCUUUGUAAGUAAACCCAUUUUUAACUUACCAAACGUGUUGUCUUUUCCUAUGCUGGGAGAAGGUAGAAAUUUUGGAAAGAAACUUUUUAAGGGGACCUUUUGGAACUCACUUGGAGGGGCACAUAUUUUAAAGUUCUAACAGCCUACACAGUGGUACCUCGGGUUAAGAACUUAAUUCGUUCUGGAGGUCCGUUCUUAACCUGAAACUGUUCUUAACCUGAGGUACCACUGUAGCUAAUGGGGCCUCCUGCUGCCACUGCACCACUGCUGCACGAUUUCUUUUCUCAUCCUGAAGCAAAGUUCUUAACCCAAGGUACUAUUUCUGAGUUAGUGGAGUCCGUAACCUGAAGCGUCUGUAACCUGAAGCGUACGUAACCCAAGGUACUACUGUAUUUCUACGCUUUGCUUUGCUGCAUGUCUUCUGGUUUUUUAUUCUCUGCUGGGGUUGUCCUUGGAUCUUGGCAUCCGGAAAUUCUCUUUUCUAUAUUUUCCCCCACCAACACAUCUUGAAUACUGGAUCUGCUCUCAGAGCCAUAUAUCUAAGGUUAUCCAGCCCAGAACUAUGUACGAUAUUUCAGAAGAGGUCUUUGGUGCUAAGUCAGGUGCUUCCAAAUCUUAGAAAUAGACAUAACCUUUUGUGUCAUAGCCACAUAAACUUUUGGAUGGGACAGUCCAUCAGCAAAAGGAUUUCCCCUAAUGCAACAGAACUCCCGCUGCCCUGCUUCUCAGCACUACUUUGGAUACAACCUUUUGUAAUAUAUUAUCUUGAUUCUCCCCCUUGCUUUUCAUUUUACAAGCCACAGAGAAUAUGUUAAUACUGUCUAAUAAUAAAAAAAAAUUAAGUGAGGGCCAGAGAAGCCAGUGUGAGAUGUAAACUGCUCAGCAGGAGAUUAUUUUAAUAAGCAUCUUGAACUACACCUGCCAUCUAUCAUCUCUUUCUCUCCUGCCAGUUUCAGUUUUUUAAAGUUUCAUUAAAAGUGUUUCAAUGCUUUUUUUGUGAUUUUUAGUGCUCCCCAUUGAGUUGACAUGAAAAGCUGCAGCAUUUCAGAUGGUACUGAAUAAAUUAAUAUCACAUUAAACUCAUACGCGCCAUGAAAGAGCAGCGCAAUAUAUAACAAUAUCCUGAGCUCAAUAGAAAGAAAUAAUUUGUAAAUAUCUCUCUGGCUCGUUCAUUUUUAGCCAGUCGCCCACUGAAUUACCUUAAAUGUUUCAUAAAUACUGACACACACAGUUGAAAAAUAAUCCUGAAUUGCCUACUUAAAACGAAAGAAGAAGGUAUGAAGUUUGGAUAAGAUGAAAUAUUUUAAAUGGUAGGAAGAAGAAGAGAAAUUCAUUCUAGUUUGGCUUUUACGGCAAAGCUAUUUGCUCUUUCCAAAAGAAUAUGCAAACUGAAAGACAGCUGUGCAUUGAAAUUCACAUUUCCCCUAAAUUUUGUAGUGUAGUUCUCUAACCAAAUAAGAUGUAGAAAAUUGUGCAUAUUACGGGAACGUAUGCAUCAAAAUGCAUAUAUUGGUAAAGGCAACAUAUAAAAAUGAAUUAUUCUAGGGGAAACUGCUUGCAAAAAUGUUCAUGUUAGGAAAAAUCACACUGAUUUUUUUUAAAUUAAAACAAAGGCAGAGGACCAAAAUUUCACAGGGGAAGGAGUAAAAAGAAAAAGUAACCUGACUGCAAUUCUGGGAGGUAGAAAUAUGUCAAUAUGUGAAAUGCCUGAGAAUUAGUACUGGGGCCUUGUGAGACAUGAGUGUUCAUUGGACAGGCCCUAAGUCUGAGAUACACCAGAGAGACGGGCUCAGUUGAGGACCUGUAAACCCAUAAAGUAGAGACCAUCACCUUGCCAACAAAGGUCCGUAUAGUUAAAGCCAUGGUUUUCCCAGUAGUGAUGUAUGGAAAUGAGAGCUGGACCAUAAAGAAGGCUGAUUGCCAAAGAAUUGAUGCUUUUGAAUUAUGGUGCUGGAGGAGACUCUUGAGAGUCCCAUGGACUGCAAGAAGAUCAAACCUAUCCAUUUUGAAGGAAAUCAGCCCUGAGUGCUCGCUGGAAGGACAGAUCCAGAAGCUGAGGCUCCAAUACUUUGGCCACCUCAUGAGAAGAGAAGACUCCCUGGAAAAGACCCUGAUGUUGGGAAAGAUGGAGGGCACAAGGAGAAGGGGACGACAGAGGACGAGAUGGUUGGAUAGUGUUCUCGAAGCUACCAGCAUGAGUUUGACCAAACUGCAGGAGGCAGUGGAAGACAGGAGUGCCUGGCAUGCUCUGGUCCAUGGGGUCACGAAGAGUCGGACACGACUAAACGACUAAACAACAACAACAAACCCAUAAAAACUUCCAGAGAGUGCUGAUUUGGAGGGGGGUCAUUGGCUUUGCAGUUUCCCCCAAUAAUCCAUCUGAGCCUUGCUACCCUACAGAUCUGCUGCUGUCGAACUCCAGUGAUUUCUCGCCUUCCAAAGUUGCUUGAAUUCCUAGCACUCAUUCCUUUCUCGCACAACACCCUCUCUGCCCAUUGAUGGGACUUGUCAGAGCAACACAAAUGGUUACUUGUCUUCCAAAUCCAAGCUGAACCCCAGCUGAAAUCUUUCCAGAACUCCUUUACCUUUGCUUGAACAUCCCAUGUAUGACCCCACCUGCACCUGGUCCUCAGAAUUUGUGUAGCAAAACUGCCCUACCUCGAACAUCUCCCAAGAGGCUACUAAUUCCUUUUCCUUUGCAAAAUAGGGCCAGGCUGAUGGGUAGACAGAAAUGUAUAUGCUAAGAUCGCUUACCUGGAUCGUGCAAUACCAUUCUCUGAUCUGGGGGUAGCAAAAUCUUAACCCCCAUCGUUCAGCCUGGACACUGAGAUCCAGCACCGAGGGCCUUCUGGCGGUUCCCUCACUGCGAGAAGUGAGGUUACAGGGAACCAGACAGAGGGCCUUCUCGGUAGUGGCACCCACCCUGUGGAAUGCCCUCCCUUCAGAUGUGAAGGAAAUAAGCAGCUAUCUUCUUUUUAAAAGACAUCUGAAGGCAGCCCUGUUUAGGGAAGUUUUUAAUAUUUAAUACUGUAUUGUUUUUAACACUUGCUUGGAAGCUGCCCAAAGAGGGGCUGGGGAAACUCAGCCAGAUGGGCGGGGUAUAAAUUAUUAUUAUUAUUAUUAUUAUUAUUAUUAUUAUUAUUUAUUAACAACUGGUUGUCAGAAUGGGCAAGGAUUUCCUAUGUGGGCUAUGGACCUCUUGGUUAUUCCAUAGACUAUUGUGAGAUGCAUAAAGUUUCAGUGGUUGACUUUGGGAGCGUGCUGUGAUGAGAACAAGGUGCCACAACUGGGUUGUUGGUAGAGCACACAAUCCAGACUUAAUUGUUAAAACCACAGCAGCGAUCGCUAGGCAAAUAUGAAUAUAGAUUGAUUUAAUGCGGAUGUCAAGUCCAUAUAGUUUAUCCACAAAUUGUGGUGCCUCAACAUGAAAAUUCAUACAUAGUUUUAAACAUAUGCCAGAAAUCCUAGUAUCUAGGUUCUGGUUUUGUAAAUCAGGAAAGGCACCAAUAUUUUCUCCCAAAAGCCUCAGUUAUAUUAUCAAACAUCAAACAGAAGCAGACAAAUCAAGCUAUUGUUGCUAGCUUAUUUUGACUCUAGGGUAUAUUUUAUUUUAUUGCGGACAUAAACCAUGUUUUUCUAUUUUAAUUUGCUGUUCUGUUUCCAUGGUAAUUAUGCCAAGGAAUGAAGGGUAAAAGGAUAUCUUUGAGAUAGUAAAAAUAGAAAACAUGUGGUGAGGUUUUUUGGGGGAAAUGAGUUGGUAAUUGGCAAUUUCCAGAUGCCAUGCUAAUGUCUUUGUGCUGUUUAUGUUUAUGCGUCUUGGUAACAUUUGCCCAGUGGAAAGCAAAAAUAAAAAAAUAAAAAUCGAGUCAGUGCUAGUAACUUCGCAAUUGUUUCCUUCAGUUUGUAGCUGUAUAGAAUAAGAAGUGUGUAAUCUCCAAGAAAGCCUCAGUGUGAGAUUUGCAGCAGCCAUUACUGAAGGCUAACACUCACUAAGGAGGGGGGAGAAAUUGAAUUUGGUUCACAUUUAAAGCCAAAUCAAAUGUGCAUGUUCUUAAACAGCGUAAGAACCAAAGCACAGCCAUCCUUUGAAAUUUGCACUUAUUUGAAUUUUACAAUGCAUCUCUCCAAACAAUGUUUAUAGUGGGGGGGAUGUGCAUUAAAAAAUGAAUAAGUGAAAAUGACAUGCAAAAAAAGCAUUAGGAAAAAUUGCCUUCAAAAUGCACACACAAUUCAAAACUGAAUACAAAAAUAUGUUUAUUAGGAUAAAAUACUGAAGAAUUUUCAAGAGGAUUUCUCUUCAAAAAUUCACAAAUUGCUGCAGGAAUGUGGAGAAUUGAUUUUAAGAUUGAAAAAAUGAAAAGCGGAGGGAACAGAAACUGACAGAUCGAUCCCUACGACUUACCCGGCAGAAACUGAUUAGAAAUAACUUCAGAAUAAACAGUAGAAAGUGUGUCUCCACUGAAUAAUAAUAACAACAACAACAACAACAACAAUAAUAACAAUAAUUAAUAAUAAUUUAUUUAUACCCCACCCAUCUGGCUGGGUUUCCCCAGCCGCUCUGGGCAGCUUCCAACAGAAAAUUAACAGCACAGUAAAAUGUCAUACAUUAAAAACUUUCCUAAACAGGACUACCUUCAGAUGUCUUCUAAAAGUCAGAUAGUAGUUUAUUUCCUUGACAUCUGAUGGGAGGGCAUUCCACAGGGCGGGUGCCACCACUGAGAAGAAAAGGCCCUCUGCCUGGUUCCCUGUAACCUCACUUCUUGCAGUGAGGGAACCACUAGAAGGCCCUCGGCGCUGGAUCUCGGUGUCCGGGCUGAACGAUGGGGGUGGAGACGCUCCUUCAGACAUACUGGACCGAGGCCGUUUAGGGUUUUAAAGGUCAGCACCAGCAUUUUGAAUUGUGCUGGGAAACGCAGUUAGGGCCAGAUUAAGCAUGGUAUUUGUUACAGGGGUGGGCAUUGUGUAGUGGAUUAUUAGCACAAAUGGAAGAACUUGGGGAAUUAGACAUGCAAAAGGCCUCAGGCUCAAUCCCCAGUUAAAAGGCUGUCUACGAGUUAGGGAAGGUGCCCUGGCGAUUGUCAAAGGGACAUGCCAGCACAAAGGCCCCCCAGGCCCUUGCCUGUACUAGAUUCCAUGGGCCAAUGGUCUGAGUUAAUACAUCCGUACAAUUUAAAAUGGGCUGUGAAUACUUUGGCCUUCCCAUGGCCUUUCCAUUCAAAUGUAUGGUCAGCAUCUUGCAUAUGCAAUGAAAACGUUGGACUGCAAAUUGUGGGAAUGUUCAGGGAUGCAGAAGAGGAUAUAUUGUUUGAUUAUAGCCUUUCCAACUUGUGUUAACAAGUUCACAAUUUAGCAGAGUAACAUCCCCCCUUUUAAACUUGCAGGGGAUGCGUUUGCUCAGGCUCGCUAAAGCCUCUAUAAUAACUGUUCUUGUAUUUUCCCCUUAUUCCCUCAUAAAAGAUAAGACACGACACAAUCUUCUAUAAAAGUAUAAAAAGAGUUUACUCACACAUCAUUCUGUUCACAAUAGGAUCCCAGAAGGUAGACUUAGCUUAGAAAAGUAACAUACACCUAGAAUCUGUCUCAUAAGAAGACAGUCCCUUUGUCCUCUCUUGGCUGGAGCCAAGAGAGCAUCUUUGGCUAAGCAGAUGUUGCUUCUUCAGUGCAUGUAGUGAAAGAGAGAGAGAUGGCUGCCCUGCCCUGUGCUUUUGUCGUUACCUGCACAGGUGAGGCCACGCCCACCUCUAGUCACAUGCAGAGGAAGUCUGUCCCAGCCCAGAAGGAAACAGGAAGUUUACCUGCUGGCUGGACAAACAUUCCUCCCCAUGUGUAAACAUGUUCACUCUAGGAAUGUUGUACUUGACUGUUCUGGUGUUUCACAUCCCACACAAAUUUGGCAAAAGUCAAGCCAAAUUUCAAAGUUGAAUGUUUCUUCUGCCCUCCAGCCCAAAAGGAGACCUCACUCUGGAGUCCUGUGAAGCCACAUUCCAUGGGACAUUUUGGAAAAGACUGUUUCAUGUCAGCAAAUAUUUCCUGGCAAUAAACCAGCUUGUAAACCUUUUAAUUUGUCUUUUAGACCUGCGCAGAAUGAAAGCGAAUGGGCACCGCAACCUGCAGCUUACGAAAACUUCGGGCACUACAGAACGCAGAUUCCUUCCUGGCAGGGCCAAGGCGACAUUGUCAGCGUCGAGAACAGCUGCACGCUGCCUCUUCAAAGACCAAGCAGAACCCGAGAACCCACAGCAGAUGGCAGGUCUCCAUCACCCCAAGAGGCGUAUCCAGCACAUUACAGCAGCUGCCUCUCUGAAAAGAACAAGUCUGAGACGCUACUGAGCCAAAUCUAUGUUGCAGAUGAAAUCCGGAUGGUAAGAAUCUCCAGAUCUUGUUUUGUAAGAGAAACACUGGGUUGCAUCCACAACUUGGGCGAGUGGAAGGUUGCUGGGCAAUCGAGCUUUCUUGCCAUUCUUGACAGUCCUGUGAAAAGUCUCUCCUGAGGAUGUUCAGGAAAAGUUUGAAGGGAGCAGAGUAGAGACGGGGUGAAUCAGACUCAGGCAGCUUGUGCAAAGGAAGCAGAUGGCAUGGGCAGCUCAGAAGGGCCCUCACACAAACGCAUGCAAUGGUAAAGGCCUAGCUGGAAAGCUUAAAGCCCAUUGCGAAUACGCGGGAGACAGAUAGAAGAAAAGGAAAUAUGAAUUGGCCCCGCCCCGUGGCUUGACCAAUUGCAGCUAGGAGCAGCUAGGAGCUAGGUAGAGUCAGAGAUCUAAAAAAAAGUGUAGACUUGCACACAAUGGCCAGCUUCCGUUUUGACUUGAAAUGUUCAUUUGGGGCUUCUCAGAAGUGCGUAUAAUAAUAAUAAUUAUAAUAAUUUAUUAUUUAUACCCCACCCAUCUGACUGAGUCUCCCCAGCCACUCUGGGUGGCUCCCAAUCAAAUGUUAAAAACAGUACAGCAUUAAAUAUUAAAAACUUCCCUAAACAGGGCUGCCUUCAGAUGUCUUUUAAAGAUAGGAUAGCUGCUUAUUUCCUUCACAUCUGAAGGGAGGGUGUUCCACAGGGUGGGCACCACUACUGAGAAGGCCCUCUGCCUGGUUCCUUGUAACCUCACUUCUCGCAGUGAGGGAACCGCCAGAAGACCCUCGGUGCUGGACCUCAGUGUCCGGGCUGGACGAUGGGGGUGGAGACGCUACUUCAGGUAUACUGGGCCGAGGCCGUUUAGGGCUUUAAAGGUCAGCACCAACACUUUGAAUUGUGCUCAGAAACGUACUGGAAGCCAGUGCAGAUCUCUCAGGACCUGUGUUAUAUGGUCUCGGCGGCCACUCCCAGUCAUCAAUCUAGCUGCCGCAUUCUGGAUUAAUUGCAGUUUCCGGGUCACCUUCAAAGGUAGCCCCACGUAGAGCGCAUUGCAGUAGUCCAAGCGGGAGAUAACUAGAGCAUGCACCACUCUGGCGAGACAGUCCGCCGGCAGGUAGGGUCUUAGCCUGCAUACCAGGUGAAGCUGGUAGACAGCCGCCCUGGACACAGAAUUAACCUGCGCCUCCAUGGACAGCUGUGGGACCAAAAUGACUCCCAGGCUGCGCACUUGGUCCUUCAGGGGCACAGUUACCCUAUUCAGGACCAGGGAGUCCCUUACACCCGCCCGCCCCCUGUCCCCCCAAAACAGUACUUCUGUCUUGUCAGGAUUUAACCUCAAUCUGUUAGCCGCCAUCCAUCCUCCAACCGCCUCCAGACACUCACACAGGACCAUCACCGCCUUCACUGGUUCUGAUUUAAAGGAGAGGUAGAGCUGGGUGUCAUCUGCAUACUGAUGAACACCCAGCCCAUGAACACAUAAAGGCAAGAAGCGGGCAGGGGGUACGCCGGCCUGCAAUGGCGCCCACCUGAGAGGUGCUGGAACUGCACUCCAGCGUCCUCUGGCUGAAAAUAAGCUCUGCACCCCAUCCGGGUGGGAUUGCAGCAUAAGGCAAGGUCAGCUGCUAUUGCACAUUGGCCUCAGCCAUCUUGCCCAUCUGUGCUACAGAUCCUUGGGAGCUGCUUGAUCCUCGGAGUUCUGGCACCACAGACAUUGAGGCUGAAUCCAGUGCAAAACUACCGCCCCGCAUCACGGUCCUAAUGGCCGGCAUGUCUCAGCCCCCAACCUUGCAGGACUUUUAUUUACACAAGCACCUGGGAAUUAAAAGCAGGUAGAAUUCGUGUGGUGGGUGCAGGGAUAUAAGCUUUAGUUGAUUUAAUUGGCAGGUGAAGGUUUAGUCACAAACUAGAUUUGCAUCACCCCUUAGGCUACUCUGACUCCUUCCUUGCUUUGCCAAAUUUGAUUUGAAAUAAACAAACAAACUUAGUACAUAAAACUGUUGGAAUGAUAACGAUGAUGAUGUUCAGUUUUAAAAACCGCAUCUUUCGUAAUGCUGAUGCCACUUGAAUUUGAACCCUGAGCCAAUUGUGGGGGUGGGCAGGGGAGAGGAGAGGAGAGGAGAGGAGAGGAGAGGAGAGGAGAGGAGAGGAGAGGAAAGCCCCAUUGCACUAGUGGGACUUACUGGCCUGGCUCCUCCUUGUGCAACUAUUUUGUUGAAUCCAGCCUUAUGAAUGGAAGCACCUUCAAGCUGUUCUGAAGUCUCACAAAUGUAUUUGCUUCCCUUGGUCUCCGGAUCACUCUCAACAAAAGUAUUUUGUUGGAAGAGGGGUCAAGUGCUAUGAAAAAUCUUGUGUGGUGAUUAACCUGUAAUAGGGCAUCACUUGAUGCUGCAAUCAAAAAACAAUUAAUAUGUGUGUGUGAACAAGCACUUAGCUUCAAAACCUUUAAAACAGCGCACAAGGUAUGAACAAGAUUCUUGAAGAAGUGCGGGGCGUCCUGUGUCUACUUGACCCUCACUUUGUGAAAACAGCUCAGUGAUGAACACUUCCCUUAGAGAAGGCUUCCUUCCUUUGGUACUGAAGUAAAGUGUAGUGUAGCUUUUAUUGGAAAUAAUAAUAGGAACGCUCUGAUUUGAACUGUUACCUGUUGGCAAAGAGUGUGUGUGUGUGUGUGUGUGUGUGUGUGUGUGUGUGUUUUGCAACUUAGUUCUGGGUUUCUGGGUAAAACCGAUUAUCAGGGACUCUUCCUUUCUGGCUUUGGACUGCAAUUGUUUUGGUUACCCUUGUCCAUGACUUGUGCUGGGACAGAGGGAGUGUGAUCCUUUGAUUCUCCUGGCCAUCUCAGUGGUGUUUAGUCACCAUUAACUGUGGUGCAUUUCUGGGAUGCCUUGGCAGGUGUGGCUAUUAGGAGCCCCAUCUCGAGUCGGCUCUGCUCAGUCCUGUGAGGUAGGACCCAGAAGGUAGCACUAGGACUUCGCUGCUCUUUCCUUUGGCUUGCGGCCUCUGGAGUUUUUCUCUUUUCUUCCCAUGCUGCUUAGCAGCUGUUCAGAGAUUUGGCUGCGUAUGUAAAUGAUACCCAGCUCAAUCACUGCCUUCUGAACAUGGGGAGGUAAUGGAGCCCUUAAAUGCUGUCUGUCAGCCGCAAAGGACUGGAUGGGACAGAACAAAUUGAAACUUAAUCCAGACAAGCUGGAAAUGCUGUUGGUGGAUGGAUGAUCUGACUCAGAGUUAGGUGUGCAGCCUGUGAGGAAGUUUGGUCUCUUGUCCUCCAUUAUACUUUGGACAAGAAGACAGGUCCUUUCUUAAAUACACAAGUGCCAGGGCCGUCUUACCCAUAGAGGCUAGUGGUGCAGGGCGCCAGGGCACCAAGUUCUGGGGGGUGCCAGUGGAAGAGGCGGAGGGUGGACGCAGUCCCUCCCUGCAUCAGCUCGCCGCCCUCGCCCACCUCCACCAUGCAGCGUCGCGCCCGGAGCCUCCAUCUGCUGUGGCCACCAUGGCACAAAGCGGCCAGCUAGGCCGCGAGCCGCCGCGUCCAGCCUCCGCCUCUUCCCCACCGGAGGAGCUGCCCUCCAGCCGCUGCCCGCCUCCUCCAGCCCCGCAAAGCUGGGCACAUCGCUGGCAGUGCCGUCCUCCCUAAAAAAAGUUGGCAACUCUGGGAAACCGGGAGGGGGGCACAGGAGGGCUCUUUGCACCACAGCACUGGAUAUGCUGAAGAUGGCCCUGACAAGUGCCUAAUUAAAUUCUAUCUAGCAAGGAGAUAGAGAAACCUGGCAGUGAAUUACACCCUCGGCAGCCAUCUUUUCCUGCUCCCAGGAGGUGUCUGCCAUCUCCUCACCACCAGCCUAUAAAAAAAGGUGUCAAGCUGACCAUCUUGACCUGAGAGAUGAUUGGCAGGACAUGGCCACGUGUCAAUCAAGACCCACCUGGCUCAGGGGCUCUUUAGAAGGUUACUCUUUCAAGGCAGUUCUUGUCCCUCUUGCUCCCGUCUAACCUGCAACUGAUUUCUGAAGCUGCCAGGACCAGAGGUGACCGUGUGUUUAGCAAUGUUAGUUUGGAUCAAGUGAUGUGUUAGUUAGACCUAUAAUGUUUUAUUUCAAGUUUGAGCCACACCCUUGCUAUUUCUUUCUCCUCUUUCUAUUUACACAUCCUCCUUUUGAAUAAAUUGCUUAAAUUGGCUUUCUGGGCUGUACUGGCCUCAGGGGCUGGCCAUGUGGUUUAGGCUGCCGGGUCUACGCUGCUGGGAGAGCGGAGUGUAGAUGGGCUGAAGUUGCCAAACCAGAAGUUUGGAUUCUGCUGCUUGUUCCCCUACUCUUGAGGAGAUCAGGUGGCAGCGGCGGCAGCAGCAGAGGGAGGACAAACCCUCGGUGCUAGUGGGUUAACCUACAGGGUUAGCUGACCUGCCUUUUUAGGAUGUCAUUUCACUGCUCCUAAAAUAUCAGGAUCACAGCUUUGGGAGUACUCCUUGAUGCGGCUGCAUGUGCAGCUGGCAUCAGUGGUGAGAGGUACGCUUUUCUUUCGAAGCUUUGGGUGGUAUGCUAGCUACAACAAACCUUCCUGCCUAAGCCACAACCACGCCACUUUGGUUCAUGCCAUUCACACACACACACACACACACACACACACACACACAGGAUCUGCCCUUGAAAACUGUUCAGAAACUUCCCAGGUUUGAUUCAGUGUGUUGGUUUUAACCUUUAAAACCUUAAAUUUCCCCAAGGGCUGCCUCUUUUGAUAUGUUCCUCCCCACACGCACCUUUCAAAAAUCUAAGGCCUUGCUCCAGAUUGCUUGGAUAAAUGAGGUUCAGCAUACACCUGCUGCCUUUUUGACAGUGGCCUACUUUGUGGAACGCCCUCUCCUGGGAAACUGAUCUGUCCCAAGCAUGUCAUUCUUUUAGGGAUCUGGCCCAAAUGUGAUUGUUCCAGGAGGAUUUUAGUCGAUUGAUCUCUUAGCUAUGCUAUUUUAGUGCUGUACCUCCAUGCUUGCUAUUUUGUGAUACAGGAUUAUUUUUUUUAAUGGGCAUGUUUUUAUGUGGUAAAAGUAAAGGGACCCCUGACCAUUAGAUCCAGUUGUGGCCGACUCUGGGGUUGCGGCGCUCAUCUCGCUUUAUUGGCCAAGGGAGCCGGCAUACAGCUUCCGGGUCAUGUGGCCAGCAUGACUAAGCCGCUUCUGGUGAACCAGAGCAGCGCACGGAAAUGCCGUUUACCUUCCCGCCGGAGCGGUACCUAUUUAUCUACUUGCACUUUUUGGAGUGCUUUCGAACAGCUAGGUUGGCAGGAGCAGGGACCGAGCAACGGGAGCUCACCCCAUGGCGGGGAUUCGAACCACCGACCUUCUGAUCAGCAAGUCCUAGGCUCUGUGGUUUAACCCGCGUACAUGACCCUUUAUACUCUAAACCGCAUUAAGUUAGCUUAUGAAAAAAAUGGUGAUGCAUAUGGUUUUAAGACAAAUGCAGAGAUUGGAUACCUCUUUGGAAUAAGAAACACAUAGAUCAAGACUUAAAAUUUAAGAUGUGAAAUGAGGCAGAGUUUCAGUAAUGUUAAAAUACUGGUGUUCAUGCGCUUUUAUAGUAAGGAACCUUAAAUAAGGGAUCCGCCCCAGCAUGGUUAUUGUAGUUUUUCUUCUUCCAAUUUGAUGGCAGUGGCGUCCCGUUAUAGACACGGACUUAUCCCAGCGGGAUGUAAUACCACUAGCUGAGCUAAGUACUCUGUGGAACAGAAGGUGCAAAAGAAGGAGAGAUUGUUUCACCAGUGCAGUAUUGUCAGUGUGCAAGCUAAUAAGAAAAGCUGGCUAAUUAUACCCCGUCCUAAUUGUGCCAAUUCUUUGUGUCGUUCAGGCUUCCCCAGAGACUCCAUUUCCUGCAACGGUGACAGAGAAAUUCCUACAAGAGGAGGAGAAGCGAGCGAGAGAUUUUGAGCAGGUUUUAAACUCUCACAUUGAAGAGCUGCAAAGGCAGUCGGAGAACACCAUAAAGAAGUACACCGCUUUCAAGCAAAGCAGGCACAGAUGAGCCUGGAAAACAAGAAAAAUGAAGUGACAAUCCCAGAAUAAAUAAUCAGCUGCUGCUUUAUAAAAGGGGAAAGGGGGAAAAGAAUUGCCUUUAUGCAAAGAAGUGUUUGUAAUGUGAGAUUUUGUAUAUACUUCGACUGUGGAUUUCAUUUCAACAUGAAUUUGGAAUAUUGUGUAUUGCAGAGUGUAUGAGAUCUAAAAAAAAAGAAACCUGGAAAUUAAAUAUGAAAACUUUUUAACCUUUAAA